AUGGGGGAUUACGGGUUUGGCGUGUUAGUGCAAAACAACACCGGGAAUAAGUCAGCUUUUCCAGUCAGAUUUCAUCCACAUCUGCAGCCUCCGCACCACCAUCAAAAUGCAACCCCCAGCCCCGCUGCUUUUAUAAAUAACACAGCUGCCAAUGGCAGUAGUGCUGGGUCAGCUUGGCUCUUUCCUGCUCCAGCUGCCCAUAACAUUCAGGAUGAGAUUCUGGGGUCCGAAAAAUCUAAAACUCAGCAACAGGAAAAGCAAGACUCCCUAGAAAAACAGCAGCUUUCCCCUAGUCAAAGUCAGGAAGCAGGCAUGCUGCCUGAAUCAGAGAAAUCUAAAUCUGAAGAAAACCAGGGGGAUAAUUCUUCCGAGAACGGCAAUGGGAAGGAGAAAAUAAGAAUAGAAUCGCCAGUGUUAACAGGAUUUGAUUAUCAAGAGGCUACAGGGCUGGGUACUUCAAGCCAGCCCUUGACAUCUACAGCAUCUUCUCUGACUGGUUUCAGUAACUGGUCAGCAGCUAUAGCUCCUUCUUCUUCAACAAUAAUCAAUGAAGAUGCGAGUUUCUUCCAUCAGGGAGGGGUUCCUCCUGCUUCAGCUAAUAAUGGUGCUCUGCUGUUUCAGAAUUUUCCACAUCAUGUCAGUCCUGGCUUUGGGGGUAGUUUUUCCCCUCAGAUUGGACCCCUCUCUCAGCACCACCCUCAUCACCCCCAUUUUCAGCAUCAUCACAAUCAGCAUCAACAACAGAGAAGGUCUCCUGCAAGCCCUCAUCCACCUCCAUUUACGCAUAGAAAUGCUGCUUUUAAUCAACUGCCUCAUCUUGCUAAUAAUCUUAACAAACCACCUUCUCCAUGGAGCAGCUACCAAAGCCCAUCACCUACACCGUCUUCUUCAUGGAGUCCCGGUGGCGGUGGUGGAUAUGGUGGGUGGGGAGGGUCCCAAGGGCGAGACCACCGCAGGGGACUGAAUGGAGGAAUCACACCCCUGAACUCCAUCUCACCCCUGAAGAAGAAUUUCCCAAGUAAUCAUAUCCAGUUGCAGAAGUAUGCACGGCCCAGCUCCGCUUUUGCUCCAAAAUCUUGGAUGGAAGACAGUUUGAACAGAGCUGACAAUAUCUUUCCUUUUCAGGUGAGAUUAUUCUACUAAUACUAAAUAGAAUAUUCAUAAAUGUGUUAAAUGGUUGCAGAAAUAGCAAGACUCUGUUGUUUUUGCAUGGUUUCUAUUAUUAGAGCUGAGGACUUAAUUUUAAAAAUACACCUCUUGUAUAUAGUUUAUCCUUUGACAUUUCAGGCUUCAUGAUUGCUCAUCUCUGAAUCAUGAAUGUUCCGUAUAGUGUUUGUCAGAGAAGUAACUAUAGCCUAAGAGUGCAUCUCUUAUAUAGGUAGUUUGCUGUCAAGUUAAUGCACCUGAUCAAUAAAACCGUUGCAAGAGUGAUUAUUGAAAUAAUUCUUUUGUGGGGUGGAUAAGUCCUAAAAAAACUGAGCAGCUGAAAUGGAAUCCCACCCUUUUUUUUACCAUAUGGCAAUAGCAUUAUGUUUUCAGUACACAAGUACUGGAGCCUAAAACUGGACUAUUGGAAAAUAUGCCUAUGGCUUUGUGAAAUUUCUCCGUUCAAUAGGAAUGCAUCUGUUUAAAAAAAAAUAGUCCACUGGGAUUUACAGUUUUCUUACAAAAUGUUGAGCUGAUCUCCUCCAGCAAGGGCAAUAGAUUUUGGUAGAUUAUAAGUCAUUACUAAAAAUAGAUAUAGACUCGCUUCAGACAUUGGCCUAUGCUGUUCAAAUGAGGCCAUAUGUUAUCAGGAAAGAGGCUGUGUGCUUAAAAUGUAUUGGGAAUUUGUCUCCAGUUUCUGAAGGUUAAUUACUAUUAAAAACAGCCAGCCAUGUAAUCAGUGAAAAUCUGGACAAUGGCAAUUUUAUUUUUUAUUUUGGAAUUUGUGAUUAAGCUUGGUGGGUUUAAUUUUUUUUAUAAAGAGGAUUUUGAAACCUAAGGAUUCAUGGGUAGUAUGUGAAAAAGCAAAGAUUGCAAAAUUUUUGUUGCAUUUCUAGGCAUGGUAUAAGCAAAAAACAUGGUGUGACCUAGUUUUGUUGUAAUUUGGGAUAGGAAAACCGGUAGAUCAGAAGAAACCUAUACUUGACUUAAAUACAGUCUUAAAGAUCUAAAUAUAUUUUAUAAUCUAGUUAUACUGCACAGAGAAGUGGAAGUUCUUGUAUUAUCUUGCAUGCAGUUCUCUGGUAAAAGUACUAUCAUUAAUGAGACUUUUUAGUUCAUGCUGUAUAGCCAGAAGUCUUGAAAUAAUUUUUCAGACUGGAAGUGUAUUUUUCAGACUGGAAGGCUCGUGUAGAAGACCAAAUUUAACCUUGGAAACCAUUAGCACUAGCACUGUCACUGCAGCAAGCUCUGACUUCCUGUUUAAUUCAUUCUGUACUGUGACAACGUAGCUACACUGUGACAGAAUAAGACCGUGUCCUUACUCCUGUAGUUAAGGCCUCAAAUCUAUGAAUGUCAGAGAUGGAAAUUUUCUGUUGGUGUACUGGCACACCAUUUUUGGGUUGCUACUCUUGGGGCUAUGGUCUGUAUCUUGACACAUGCUUUUCUUAUAUUGUAUUGUGGUCAAAAAUAAUUUGUGGCAGUAAGUUGUUAUCUGUUUACUUAAGCAGUAAGCAGAAGGCCAUGGCAAGACCAAGUCUGAUGUUUUCUUGUGCCUAGCAAAAGAAAGGUAUUUUAAUGAAAUGGUUUCCAGUUUGUCACUGCUUGAAUUCUGUGAUGAGCAAGACAAGAGCAGGACUUCAAAAGAAGAACCUAGCACUCAAGCAAAUCCUCUUAUGAAUUUUAAAAUAAUCUUGGACAUUUGCCUUCUCUAGUAUAAAAUCCAUAAUGCUUUUUUUCUUUGCACAAAUAACUAAAAAAUAAAUGAGUUGGCCCACAUUGUUCAAGUAAGCAUGCAAGGUAUAUGCAAUUCAAAACAAAAUGUGCAAUAUGAAGUGUGUUUGCAAAGGCCCUAAAUACAUCAAAUCAGGGCUGUCUCUGGAUCUAUAAUUGCCAGAAUCUUCUUGGGCCCAUGUUUAGUAUCACUACACACAAACUAUCUUGGCAGCUAUAACAAAAUGGCUUAAAUAGAUGGCAGUGUUACUUGAUCGUGACUAACCCAUUCACUGGGUGACCUCUUGCUAUUUUAACAUAUCCAUACACAAGUAGCUUCCUAAUAUAAGCCGGCUCUUCUAUAAAGAGGGGUUUUGCAGUGUUUAUAUAAAUAUAAUAAGUGCAGAAUCUCUUUUUAGUCUCAUCUGAAUGCCUUUUGAAAUACAAAAUCCAUAUCCUUGAGGGAUUUUCUCUUAUAGCGAAAGAUCCUCUGUUAGAAGUACAGAGCUGGCUUUCUUUCUGAAGGAUGUUGGCUUUAAUGUUUAUGUAGAUAUUUUACAGGAACGUAGUUUAAUUAUUUAUAUUCACCUAUGCUGCAGUUCAUCAUGACAUUAUGUAUAAAUCUAGGGUACUGUAAACAGGAGGAUGAUAACUGGCUGUUAACAUGCACUCUGGAUAAUAGUCCAGUGGCCAGAGUGUUAGAGUCGGGUCUCUUAAUUAUAAGCACAUAGGCCUAAAUUCUUCUGUCACAAAUUAGGAAUAAGGAUUUGAUGCUUUAAGGGCACUUGAGAACAAAUCAAAUUCUACCCACCUUGAACAGUAUAGCAGUACAUAAGGACCAAGUGCUUGACUGUUGAUAUUAAUGUGAUGCCAAAAUGUAUGUCCGGUGACAUAAUCCAGUCCUGCCCCUAGUAACAGCUGUUGGCACUGCUGCAUCACUGUUUUCCUGGAUGGGAUGCUGCAUUGCUGUAUGAGAGUUCCCGUACUGUGCUGCUGGGGAGGAGAUCGGAACACAACCAGUUCCACAAUGCAGCAUUUUUGAACUUAGGAGGGAUUCCUGGAAGUGUGAAAGCUCAUACAAUGUAUGCAACUAAUUAUGAUUCUUGGGAUAUCCCUGGUUGGAUAUCGAGGAUAUCCCUAGUGCCAUCUUAUUAGGGUAGGACGCCAUUAUGUCUGCAGCAGUGUAAAGCAACGUUUGGUCUGCUUCAACUGAAGCAGACCUAUAGACCCUGGUUGCAAAUAAAUGUGCCCAGACACUUUAAAGCAGAUAUGCAGGUUAUUUCUCAGCUGUAGCCAGUACCAAUUCUGCCCUAAUGAAUAGAUAUGCAGGCCGGGGGGGUGGGGGCGGGGGCGGGUAGCAGCUGGACAUGGAUGGGCUGGCUUUCCUGCUUGUCUGUCUGCCCACAUGGUGGUGGUUAAAGGUCUGUAAAAUAGUGUGAAUUGUCCUUCUGUGGUUUCUCAACCAAAAAAUACAACACAGAGCAAUAUGAGCUGUGCUUGUGGCUCACUGUUAUCUUAGUUCUGGUCUCUAAAGACACAAAGGGAGAAGAAAGCUGCACAGAGAGCCAGUGUAACCUGCAGUGCAGUUUGAAUCCAGAAAUGCAGCACGGAGCAAUAGAGUGAGUGCAUGUGGCUCACUCUCCCUUUUGCCAGUAGUCUUUUAAACUAUAAAGGGUAUGCAUGCAUUUGACAUGCCAGUGCAUAGUAUUUAUGGCCUGGUAGAAUGGGAGAUUACUUGUGGCAGUGGGAGAUUACUUACGUUGUUAGGCCUGCUUCAAAUGCUGGAGCUUGGUCUUGCAAAAACACAGUGGUGGAUAAUAGACAGAAAGGUAAGUGAUCGCUCCGUAUUUGUUUGUAAGCAUGCUGUAAAAGCAAAAACAUCAUUAUGGUUGUAGAAAUAAUGUCCUGGCUAGAAUAAUGUUGACUAGAUUCUGUAAUAUGACCUGCUUGUAAUUCUCAAAAUACAAUGCAGCUGUCAAUGCAAUAUACUUUUACUGAGAAAAUGUAUGCAAAGCACUUUGAACAUUUGAAAAUGCUAGAUAAACUAUGUGAGAAAGCAGGAUAUUAUUAAUAAUAUAAUACUACAUGCCAUCUCUUUGCAAUAUUUCCUUUUUUAAGAAAGGCACACAAGAUCAUACCAUUUAGCAGAAAAUGGAGGCUGAGUGAUUCAACUAAAGAUUAAUUUAAUUUUCACAUUGAUUUAAAAACUUUUUAAAAUCCUGUGAGUGUAGUGUUAGCUUAUUAUUCAUUGAAGAAUAAUAAGUUAUUUUUAAAUAGAACUUUAUCUUGCACAAUAAGGCAACUAUUUGGACAUCUGAGGAGAAAGUUGGCAAUGAUGUGUUAUUUUUGUGGAUGUUCCACUGAACUAAGUGGAGCUUAUUUCUGAGUAUAAGAUUGCACUCCUGGUGUCUUACUGUCUUUUAAAGAUCUCAUUGUCUUAUUUUCCAUUGUGUCACUGUUUGAAGUCAGCAGUAUAAUAGACUUGGUCAUAGCAACUGCUUUUUGCUGAUGCUCUGCCCUCAUGUUUACAAAGAUUUUCUUCUGUGUACUUCUUCAUAAAAGUGGGACACCUUGCCUGUUUAGCAAUAAAGAAAGUUAAGGUUGAGAUAGGAAGAUAUAUUAUUGAUGAUAAAAAGAAUGCAAUUCCAUAUACUUAGCUUACAUUAGAGCAGAUUAUUGAAAUAUCUUGAAUCUAUUAACUGAAAAUACAUCUGUUAAACAUACUCACAGACUUCUUGCUGUUAAGACAUUUCAAACAAAAGUUCAGAUUCUGAUCUUUUCCCUGGGUAACUCCACUAAAAUCUGUAGGGCUGCUUUCACACAAGUGGUUUCUCAACAGCUAGCAAAGUGUUGAUGGUUUUCUCCUGCUGUGGCUAUAUGAUAAAAUCUCAUAAUUUGAAUCAAGAGUUGUGAAAACAGAUUUAGAAUUUUUAUCUCAUUUGUUCUUAAUUUUCCUAUCCUUGAAUCACGUCCUGGCAUCAGGGUUUUCAAGUGGCCUUUAUAAGGAAGUUUUGGAAUGAUUCUUAUAUUCAUGUAAAUAAACCAGCAAGGAGCUAGGAGGACAACAGAGGACAGCAUUUGUUUUCUGCACUUCCCAAACAGGCCCAAAUUGGAUUCAGUGCAUUAAAAAACAAAAAAACAAAAAAAGAAACCACAACUGGCUAUACAUGUGCAAGAUUUACCUAGAACCAGUCUGGGAGAACAUGUACAAGUCACUCCAACUCAUAAAACUCAAAAGUUGUUCAGCAAGAGUUAGACGGUUUUUGCUUAAGCAAUAAAGGCUUUUGCAAUAUUUUCCCUCCCUCAUUUUUAAUAUAGCCAAAACUUCAGUGCAUUUAAGAACCUCUAUUUAAAAUCAUGUCAUUGAAAGAGCUGUAGAAGGAAGGUAGAACAUAAUGGUAAAGACAAUGUACCAACCAUGGCGAGAGGGGCUGAAGCAGUCUUUCUGCUCUGUAAAACGAAAUAUUUAUAUUCCUUUUGCUCCUCUCCUUUUGCUGCAUUUUUCAGAGUGGUAGACAUGAGUGAGGAAGAACCACUUAUCUAGGAUCCCUCUUAGGUGAUAAGGCUUAUUUAAAUAAUAGUUUUUAGAUAAGUUUCAGAAACCCAAGCCUUGUUUUUAAAUUCAGGUGUGUUUAUAUGUACAGGAGCAGUGCAUAAAAUAUGAUGAGUUAACAUAUGCUUAUUCUUUAAACAAUGCUUCAAUUAAAUUGCUUACAUCAUCAGCAAACAUUGUUACUGGAGCCUUAAUCUUCAAAGAACUCUCACUUUAAAAGACACACCACAGCCUUUGCUACAAGCAAGUUUGUCACACCCAGACAGGCUUUUGAUUCUACAGUGUUUGGCAUUCAUGUUGGCAAUUUAUGGAUUAGAUUGCCUCACCCUGGGAAACACAGUAUAGAAACAUUCAGCAGUAACUAUCAGGUGAUAUGGGUGCAAACUGUGACACAUCGUGACCCUUAGUCUGUGUGUAUGCAUGUUCUACCUAGUAAGAGUAGAAUGAAAUCGUACAAGCAUAGGGACGCCAUAUGGUGCAAGGGGUUACACAAAAAGUAGAUGUCAUAAUUUUAUGUUCUUCUUGCACCACUGAAUUUUUAUACAACUGCAGAACCUAGUGCCACUGCUUGAAUUACAGGGGUCUAGAAUCCUUACCAUAUGUGACAUCUUAAUAGUGACUAUUUUAAAAAACUUUUGGAGACGUUAUUUGUCUAUUUGUCUAAAAGUGGAGAGAUUCAGAGAGUAGAGCCUGUGGAUUUCAUUAAGGGCCGCCAACCCUCCCAUCAAAUGAGCACUGGAAGGGAUCUCCCAUUUUAAGUAUUGCUGUGCUUGUGGAACACAGAUGAUGACAGGUUUAGUUUUGAAAGUGCAAGCACUCUGCCUGAAUCCAGAAUACGAUUUCACUGCCUGCUGCAGGAAAAAAUUGCUGAAGUUCUAAAGUUAUGUUUGCACCAAAGCUUCUUGAAAGCAGAGAUGUGCCAUAAUUAUUUGUGACUCUUAUUUCUAAUAUGUUCAAGAGUAUCACAAUGCAUGCUCUGUAUGCGGCAAACCUCAGGAGUAUGCAGUCUUUAAUAGUGCUUUCAGGUUUUUUCUCUUUUAAAGAGAGCCUUUCUGUCAUCUGAAGUAUGAUUCAAGCUGAUGUGUGUGUGUGUGUGUGUGUGUGUGUGUAUGCACAUGCGUGCGCACAUCCACAGAAUUUUAAAAUGGAAAUUAUGGAUUGGUACCAGUGUGUGGAGCAAGAACUCCUGCAAAUUUGGCUCAGUUGUGCAAUCUCUGCAUUAAAAUAUGUCCCCUUGUCCUUUUGGAGGCUGAUAAGCAAUGGCACAUGUUUCAAAAUGAUUUCAACCUUGAGGAAAGACACCAACCAUUUUUUUCUCUUUCAAAUGAAGUUAUAGCACAGUACAGAAUAUUAACUGACAUCCUUUAGUGUAUAUUAAGCAAAUAUCUGAUGAUUACUACCAUCAGUGUUUAGUUUUACAAAAAUAUUUUUUAAACCGUGAGGUUUAAUUAAUUAAUUAGAAGUGUCUUGCAUCUUGACUAAAUAUACAAAAUGCAUGAUGAUACUGGUAUGUCUCUGAGAAACAGCUGCUAUUUCCUUAUCGGUUGACAGCCUUCUAUUCUUUAGUGGUAGAAAGCAGUUAUUUAGUAAUGUAAUCUUUAUUAGUCAGGCUCUUAUUAGCACAAUUACUUGCUUGUUCUUUGUAGACUUUCCAAUUCAGUAUCCUUUGAACCACCUGUUAAAGUAAAACUACAGAUACAUUAUAGCAAACUGCGGUAAAUAAACACAAGUGCUCAUGCUUUAUUGUGCUGCUGGUCAUCUGUUUACUUAUUUAUUAUGCCCAUAUAGUCAUCAGACUUGAUUAAUUCAUUCAUAUAGGUAUUUUGAGGUUAGCACAGUGACUUGAUGUGGUGUCCAAUGGGAUAUUGGCAGAGGGCAAUGGCCAUUGUUUUCAUUCCCCCCAAUAGAGCCAAUUUGUGUUUAUUUUAAAGGGAAGCUAUGCAACCACUCCUCAUAUUUGACAAACAUUGCAUCUGUUUUUGUACUUCCCCAUCCACACCAGAAUACAAACAACCCCAGAAGAAAUUGUCCUUUGGCUGGAGAAAACUGGCUCAAUUUCCAGGGGACCUGGGCAAGAGCACACUGUUCCUAUUAUAUAGAAAAAGAAGUAAGAGCCAUGUUGUAUGGUAGUCCUCUUGUACUGUACCACUUCAGAAUGAACACGCGAAGCUCUGCAUUGGCAUAUUAAGCCCUAUCUACUCCAGCUAGCAGCAGCUCUCCUAGGGUUAAAAAAAUUGGUGCCCUACCCCUGAGCACCCCUCCCGCAAUGAAGCAAACAUUUGCUUCACAGAGAUAAAUGGAUUUUGUUUUUGAGUGUUAAAACGUGAGACAGAAAGUAGAAUUGCAACUGACUUGCACAUCUCCUUUUAACUGCAUGUUGCAGUGGGGGAAACCACUCCCAAAAUGAAAACCUACUUCUGUUUAAGAGUUGGGGUUGAUUCUUUGUUUCUUCUUUGUACCCUUAGUGGUUGAUUUUUUUUAUUAUUAUUAUUCCUUACUUGUACCUCUAGUGAAACUGCUUGAUAGCCUGUUAACAUGAUUAAGCAUGGUUUUGCCAAAGCACAAAUCUUUUUCUGAGCUAGGCAUGGGACAAGUGGAAGUGUGGACAAGGCUUUAGGCUCCUAGUUGCAUGCUUAUCAGAUGUCUUCAGACAUACUCCUUCUUAACUAGCAGAAAGCAUGACCACCCACUCUGCAUAUGGAUGGACCCAUCCUUUGCAAGUGUGAAGCAACUUUUCUUGAAUUGGGUAGCAGGGACAUACUGUAUUCUAUUUCUUCUUGGCCAUAAUGCAUGUUUUAUUUCAGAACUGUGCAUAUAGCAGCUUAAUACAUUUUUCCUAUAAAGCUAUCUUGGCUUAAAUUUCAAGAUAUUGAUUAAAUAUGAAGAAUCCUCCUGGAAAGAUGUGAAGUGACCUGUCUAUACAGAAUGUUAAGAAACUGUUAUGGAAGAAUACCAGUAACUAUAGACAUGUCAGCCUCCCUUUGACAAGAAAAGAAAAUAGGUUGAGAUCUUCUUAGAGGUGGGAGGUGGCAGAAUAGUUCAGAAUAUGAUGAGAUUAUGUGCUUUAAAUUAAAUAAGAAGGAACAGUGUGAAGUCAAAAGUCUGUAAAAAUAGACAUUAGUUCCUGUAAGUCAUGUAGAGGGAACCUGCACAGCACCUAUCUUCUUACCCAGUCAUUGUAUCCAUAUGUAAGUUAGGUUUGGUGAAAGGCUGCUGAGUUCAUCUCAUAGGAUUUUCUUGUAUCUCCUAAGCAUGGUCAGACUCUCAUUGGUUUUUAAGUAUAUGUCUGCUGAAACAGGAUGUAAGAAAUGCUCACUUGUCAAAGCUAUGCUUUCCUGGAUCUCCCUGUGUUUUUUACACAGUGACUUGAAUGUCUUCAUAACUUUUCUUGAUACAUGAAUGCAGAUACUGUUGCAAGAUGUGGCAGGUCUAAAACUGGCAUCACACCUACUUGAUGCUCACAACUCAUUAAUUAUGACAACUGGAUGACUAAUUCCAAAGAGCUUCAAACCUUUCCUUAAUGUUCUGUUCUAAUGUUUGAUGUUCAAAAUUAAAUAGGUAUUUUUUUGCUCAAUCGCGUGAGUUUUGGCUGGUGCAGAAACUUGCAAGUGCUGUCAGUUUGAAUAGUAUUGUCAGUACCCUGCUUAUAUUAAAUGGGAGGAUAAUGUCUGUCUCAGCCAUGAGCUCUGCUGACCCAUAGCUCCACCGUACUUAGCAUAUAUGAUAAGCGUAUGGUAAGUGGCAUUCUAACUAAAAUGGAAAAUGAGCAUUUUAAAAAUGUUCUUAAAAAUUAUGCAUUGCCUUGGAACGUGGACCAUUCUUUUAUAGUCUCUCUUUGUUGUUUUGUGAGAUAACUUGUUGCCUUUUUUUUUUUUUACCAUGGGUGAACUAAGGUUAUCUUUCCUGGUUGAGAAGAUGGAACCGGUGUAGGCUCCUCCAUUUGAGUGACAGGUAUUAGGGACCAAUAGAGCUCUCCUCUGUUUUUCACAAGUUUUUUACUUCUUUCUGUUCCUUCUUUCUGACUUUAGAACAUGCUGAUCACAAUCUAGUCAAAGUCCAAAAUUGUACACUAAGCCACAUUACCUUCUCUAAUGGGAAUAUAAGCGUUGAUGUUCCAUUGGCUUGCUUUCCAGCUAUGAAUUCACUUUUAAGUAUGAACAUAUCUAAAGGAAAUGACCUCCUUCUAGGUCUGUUAGGAUCCUGUAAUGCUAAAAAUAUGUUUAGCUCUAUUCACCAUUGGACUUUCCCAAAACUUUCCUUAUAUGCAAUUGCAGUAUAUUGUCCCUUGUGCAUGUUUCUUCUAUGGCUUAAAAAAAAAACUUUGGCAUCAUUGAACUUGCCCAUAAAGGGCCCAGUGAUUAACUUGCAAAACACAAGUUAAUCUCUCUAGAUAACCUGAAAUAUUGUAUUACUUCUGGAAGUUGUUUCGAUGAGAUGAGAGCAAAAGAAUGUGUGUAUAAAAUAAGAUAAAUUCUUACUACUUUAAGGUAAGCUAUUUCAAUCUGGGGUUUCAGCCUGCUUUGGGACUGGAAACAGCCAUUAUCACUUUUGUGGAUUAUUUACAUCAGAAGGUGGAAGGUGGACUGUGUUCCUGUUGGUUCCUCUGGACUUUUCAGUCACAAUCAGUACCAUUGACCAAGGGGGUAGGGCUUGGGUGCACUGUUAAGUAGGCUCUGCUUAUUCCUUCUGAGGCAGGGCUCAGAAAAUGAUGCUGGGGCAGCUACUGUUCCUCCCUGUGGCGAGUUGCCUGCAGGGUUCUUUCCUUGUUCUGCUUAAGCAUCUACAUAAAAGCUCUGGGUGAAUGGACACAGUUGAAGCUGAAGCUUGAAAUCUCCAAUUUUGAGAUCUGGGCUAUAUAGUCAUCAGUGUGCAGAUACAUAAACCUUUUUCAUUUUCAUCUGAUCCUAGGGAGACAGUAAGGAAAUAAGGUGGUAAAAAAUUGAGAAGGAUAUACAUUUUAAACUUGAAAACUGUGUAUACCAGCAAAGCUCAGCAUCAACAAGGUCUGUUGCUUCAAGCAUUGACUUAACAAUUUACUUUUCACCUUUUCCCUUGUUGGGGAGUAAAGCAAAUUCUGAUGGAGAAUUAUAUUUUAAAAAUAUAAUUCUACUAUUGGAUUGCCAUGCUUUUAUUACUUACCUGGCCUCUUGAAAAUGGGUGUAAGAGAUGAGCUGGUAUUUAACUUGGCAUGUCUCUACUGACUUUGGAAAAUUACAGCUUGACCUCAAGGUUAGGUAGCAAAGAACUGCAAGCAGGGCUCGUGUGCAUAGUUAAACAAAGCCUUGUUGCUAAUCCCAUGUCCAGAGUAAGUUCACAAUACUUUCCUAUAGGGCAGAAACAUUUUUUAUUUUAUUUUUUUAGGUAGGUGAGUUUAAGUAGACUACCUGGGACUAAUGUUAUACCCAUUAAAACAACAAUGAGAAAUUUGAAAUAUAAAACAGUGGGCACAUCUUAGCAGGCAUGCCAACUCGGGGGGGGGGGUGUCUUCACCCCUCUGAAUAUUUGUUGGAUAUUGUUGAGGGGGCCUGGUGCAUGUCGCAUGCAUGUGACGUAUGUCAUGUAUGCUGCACUUUGCAGCAUCAGCGGCUGGCUCCUCCAGAGUGCUCUACCUCCUCCAGAUGACACAACGUUGAACUUUCUGUUUAGUUGGGUAUCUGUUGUUUCGGUCAAGAGUGAACUAUGAAAGUACGUGCUAAGUGAUGGUUUUGGCUAUUGUAUGUGAGAAAUACUUGGGAGGUGUGUUACAGAUGACAACAUGGUAAUGCCUUCACUGCAAGUCAUUGUGCCUCAGUUAAAUAUCUAUGUACCGUAAAUUCCAAUGUUGGUCUCACUACACUUAAUGGAAUUUCAAUGUAUGCAGUGUACUCUUGUUAUCUGUAACACUGGGUAAUGUGGAAUACCAAUAUUUGAAUUCCAAGACUUGCAGUUUUUAUUGAACUACUGAUAACUGUAUAGCACAGAGCAAAUGACAUGUACUGCACUGCUGCAUUUCAAGUAAACAGAUGAGCUCUUUGGGCUUUAAAUGCUAAGAGGAUGGUUUUGAGAUUAUGGUCAUAAAAGGUUGUUUGUCAUAUUUAAAGAUGCUUCAGAUUUAAAAAGAAUUAUUUAUACCUUUGUAUAAUACGGGGGUGGGAAUACAAGCCUCAAUAUAUCCUAUCAGCGGAGUAAAAAAAUAAAAGAAAAAGAUAAGAAAUGUAGGAGAGUAAAAAUUCAGCUCAGUAAGGAUGUUUCCCACUUGGACUAUUUCACCACUUCGUUUAUAUCAAUAUGAGUGUUUGGAAAUGUAUAUCUAGUUAUGUUUUACUCUAAUUGCAUAAAGAACUAAAUAUAAUUGUUUUAAGAAACUACUUUUACUGAGGCUUGAAGUCUGUGGUUUUAAAUCAGCAUUUGACGUGUCAAGCUGAUGAAAUUUGGCAAACAUGGCCUUGCAUCAGACAGGGUUAUAUUUUUAAUAUUUUGUUUAUUAUUCGCAUAUUGUGAUUCUACUUUCCAAACAGGACUGGUGGUAGCUCUUGACUGUCUUAAAUUUGCUUCAAUAUAUUUUGGAUAUUUAAACUGCAUUUCCAUCCUGAAUGUGCUUAAGGUAGUUUACAACAACCUAACAAAACACACAGCAAAAAAUCAAUGCAAAAUAUCAAUAUAAUUACAUACAGUGACAGCAAAACUAUCCAUGUUGAGACUUGAGAACUAAAAUAUAUUCUAAAAUAAGUAAGUGUUCAGUUGACAGCUAACACCAUAUGAUGUAGCCUUGGAGGCCUCCCAAAAAAGGUAUUCCAGAGCUGCCAUGCUACACUGGAAAAUCCCCAUUUUGAGUACACGUAUCUAAUUAUCCAUGGAAAGGUAGCCUAUUGGAGAUCCCUAAAAGUAGUGGGAUUUUAUAUGAGAGAAAGUGUUGUCUAAAACACACAACAUAUUUAAGGUCAUCAUUUAGUGACAGUGAAUUCUGAAAUGCUUUUCACUAGGUCUUGAUUUGCCUUAAAUACUGAAAAAAAAUCUUUUUGGAUUUUUUUAAAAUAUGAGGUUGUUUUGAACUGCAUUAUUUGUAGAACUGAUUUUGCCUUACUUAUUGUGUAUUUGAUAUGAUUGUAUUGAUCAAAAUGCUGUUCACUUGUUUUUUAAAGUUUCUUUAUUGUGAGCCAUUUUGAGCUCAACUUUGUUGCAAAAGUGGCAUGCAAAUAUUAAUUCAAACUAAAUUGCGUUAAAGCAAUUUUUAUGCCACAUAAGAAAAAUAUUUACUCAAAUGAUGCAGACAUUAUAUAUUCUGUACAGUAUCUCGUUUCUUGGUAGGAGUACCUCUGAAUUAGGUUCAGAUAACCUUGACUUCCUAACUUGAAGUAACAGUACUUUUGUUUCAAAAUUAUUGUGCUCCAAGGGACUGAUCCGGUGUAUACCCACUUAACUUCAGUAAAUGCUGCAGCCUCCAGUGCUUACAAACUGUUCUCCAAACCAUUAAUAGUUUGCUUUACUCUAAUCAAUAUAAGCUGAUUCGGAGUAUUUUAUUAAAUUGCUGCUUUAAAAAAAAUCUGAUUUGAAAAGGUUUCUGGGUAGUUCUUAGUAGCAUUCUCUUUAAACUGGUAUUUGUGUUUUACUUGCAGGAUCGCACGAGAACUUUUGACAUGCAUUCACUGGAGAACUCACUAAUUGACAUAAUGAGAGCUGAAAGUGAUUCACUGAAAGGUAAACUUGGAUUACUCUUUUCCUGCAAUAAAUAAUUAGGCUGACAUACUUGCACAAAGUAUGAAGUUCAAGUAUUUAUAGAAUAGCUAAAGCAGUUACUUCCCCCUCCUAUUUGUUAGUUUGUCCAGACUCUGGACCUCCUUUUUCUUUUGCUUCAAGUGGAAGCCGUCAGUAAAACAUUUGUGUGUGCUUAAUGGCCUCCUUGGCAUAAUACCUCUUAAAAACACAGGCCAUGUUUUCCAACAUUGCUUUCUGAAGUGGCUUCAGAUUAGUAACACUUUUAAAAUGUGAUUUAAAAUUGAAGGCUUAUCUGAAGAUAUGUAAAAUGCACCUACCCUGUUGGCCUAUUUUCCUCAGUAUGAUAUUUUACAGUCUUGGGCAAUCCUGUUAUACCAUAGAUAUAAUGUACAAGAGUCCUUUGAAUAUUAGGGGUUUUGUUGGAGUACAAGGUAACCAACUGACCUAGCCCUAGAGCUGUGUAUGUACUGUCUGUCUGGUAAGCUGGUGGAAAAAGUGAGCUAAGCAUAUAAGUUACAGAAGUGAUGAAUUUUGGUUUGGAUGAAGAUGCCACUCAGUGUUGUUUCAUUGUGGUUCCUCUAUAUUGUGAUACACCUACAAAACAAGAUGGUGCAGAAUUUGCCUCUGAAUUGAAGUUUAAGGUCCAUUUAACUUGGGACAGGCCAAAUGCACUGGUUCCACUCCAUAAUUAACUUCUUUUCAAUGACUCUUGGAAUUAUGGGAAAGGUAGUUCCCAUGUUCCAUCUCUGCUCCUAGGCCUGGUGAUAUGGUAGCCUCUUUGACCGUGGUAGCCCAAUUUCCCAUUACAUGGAUUGGCUCAAGUGUUCCUAGGAACAACCCAGGCCCAAGAGCAGGCUGAGGCCUCAACAAUGGGGAACUAUACUACUAGUAAUUAGGGAUAUAGAAGUGCCCUGACUCCCCAUUGUUCAGACUUGGAGCUGAUUCAAAAUCUUUUAAACUCUGGCAUAUGUGAUGACAAAAUUAUCUGUUGUCAUUGAGCAUUUUGUGUUCCUGCAGACUCCAGUUAAUCCGUGCAUUAUGCAGAAUGGAUGAUACUCCUAGUCCAAAUUCACUGCUGAAAUCUUGUAAAUUCUGACAAUGACACUUUGACAUUGAAAACUUUGUCAGAAACAUCUUAGUGGGUACACAUACUGCCUACUCUGGAUGUAGAGAAUAAAUUAAUAAAUGUCUGCUGCCUGACAAAAUGAACAAUGCUUUUAUCAGCUGAAAAUGGUACAGCUUGAGGAAUUGAUGAGGUCACAUAAAUAACCAUUCUUCUGUUCUGAAAAUGGUUAGAAUCAAAACAUACCUGAAAUAUGUUAACGUACAACCUCCUAGAAGCAGCAUGUUAAGCAAUACAUUUGUCUUGUUUAGGGUCAGUGCUUAAGCAAUAAUCUUAACUUACAUGUCUCGGGGUUUUAUGUGUCAGACUCCCUUAUUUAUCUACUUUGUCCAAGGCUUUUGCUUUAGUUCAUCACUGGCCUUGGCAUGGCUAGAGCAGAUUUACGGCCUUCCUGGAAAGUAAAUUUCUUCUAUUGUCUAGGUUUCUGGUAGUAGUGGAAUUAACUUACCCUUUAAUAGUUCUUGUCACAAAUAAUCCCAAAAUGCUUGACACAGUGGCUACCCAGAGUUGCUUCUACCCACUUCUGGGGUGAAAGCAGUAGCUACCACUGUCACCAAACAUAAAUAGCUAUUCAGGGUGGAGAAUAAAUUAUCCAGGUGAAACAUAUGGGGGACCUGAGCAGCAGGUAUGGUCUUUCCUCAAAGAGAAGAGAGCCAAAUCCAGUUUCAUUUAGCUUCCUGCGCCAUGGCCUUAAACUAUGUGAAAUAGAAUCUUAAUAUAUAACCAUGUUGCCUCAUGUGCAAGUACAAAAAUGUCCUAUCUUUGUAAUUAAUUACCUUGCAGGCUUAUACUGAUAUCAAGUAUAUAACUUACAUUAUGCUGCAUGGAACCAGCUUAUAGAAAACGCAAUUUAGCAAGUGGUGUGGUGUAACUAGGCAAGUCCCAUGCCUUGAACAGUAGCAACGAACAUGCAUUAUUGUUUGAUUUCAGUUACAUAAUACUGUUGUUGGGUUUCAGAGCCUUUCCAAGGACUGUAUCUUCUGUACCUUGCUUCUUGGGAGGAGUACCUCUGAAUUUGGUUCAGAUAACUUUCACUUCCUCAUUUGAGUAUCCACAGCUGGCUAAUGGCCUGGUUUGCAAAUAACACUAAGCCAAACCAUGGCUAAACAUGAAUGUGUGAUCCUGUGACUACUUGUAGCAAAAAUUGCAGCUGCUUCAUACCUCCCCUGGUCCUCCUGCUUCUAGGGGCAGCCCAAAGCAUUUUGGUGAUUGAGACUAAAUGCCCUGCUGCUGCCCCCUUGGUGGGAUGUAGGAAGGGAUUUCCCCCCUUGCUGAGACUCCCUGCCCUGCAGUGAACUUUUCCGCGGGCCUCCUUCUGCCCCCAGGGGCAGAGCGAGACCAGCAGCAAAGCAGAGUGGUGGAACUCCCCACUCUCGCCGAAACUAGGUGAGAGUGGGGCGUUCCAGUGGUGGCAGAAGCAGUGGGGCAGGCUGGGUGCUGCCUCUUGCAUUUCUGCCACCUGAGGCAGCUGCUUCACCCUGCCUCAUUUGUGUGCCUGCUUUGCCUGCUGCCACACUGCCUGGAGCUUAACCAUGGUUUGGCUUAGCAUUACAUCUGAACCUGGGCUUGUGAUUUGUCUUGCUCCAGACAAACCAUAAGCUGUAGCUAAUGGUUUGUUUGGGUGCGGGGGGGGAUGGGACUUACAGCUCAUGGUUUGUCUGGGGAACGCAAACCACCAUGAGCCUUGAUUUGGAUGUGAUGCCAUGCCAGACCAUGGCUUUGCUCCAGGAAGCAUGGCAGUAGAAUGACCAGAGGAGUGAAGUUGCUGCCAUCUUUGCUGUGAAUACAUAUAUGCUUACACAUUCUUCUUUAGCCAUGGGUUGGCUUAGCAUUACAUGCAAACUGUGUCAGUGUCUUACUUAACUGAGUCUGUGGUCACCUUGUCAUAGCAAUCAGAACUGCUUGGUCUGGGAAAUAUUCUGUGUACUUUUAGGUGCUUCAUCCUGAUAAGAACUGCAGAAAAGGGACAUGGUUUCCUUUCAUAAAUAAGUAAUCUAGGUUAAUUGGCUUCCAAAUAGACAUAAUCUAAAAUAGAAUUGCUGUCAAGGUUCUUAACUUUCCAUGUAUGCAUUUUAGCUAUUUAAUGUGAAAUAUUUAUUAUAGUUCAGUUGUGCUAUUUUGUCAUUGCACGCUUUUAAGAGGCUAUUUACUGUAACUCUUCAUAGGUUUUUUUUUUAAUAAGCAUCCCAAAAAGAUGUAAGAUGUGACUCUGUAAAGCUAUUCAUCAACUCAUUACUGGGUAAAUGGGGAUAUAAAUAUUUCUGUAUACUACAAGUUAUUUUUCAAGGUGGCAUUUCCUUUCAAAUGUGAGAUAAUUGGCAGAAGCCUUUGUUGCUUGUGAAGUUUUAAAAAUAGGCUCACACUAUAACUCUAGAAAACAUUCUGAAUCCCAUGAAAUUGGAUUGGCACACCGGAUAAUGGUAGCACAGAUAGCUCAAUUAAUAUCUGACUGAGUGCUUGGCUGCAUGUUACAUUCAUCACAUAAGAAGUAAUCAUGCAUAAUGUCAGACUUUGACCACUGAAAAAUUUGAAGUACUCCUUGAAACAAGCAAAGAAAGCUAGAGUUGAUUGUAGGCAGGCUGGAGACACGAUAAUCAUUCUUUUCCUCAGUGGCUAUUGCCUUAAGGUCAGGGAUAGAGAAUCCCAGGCCCUAAUAGUGGACUGUGGGACUCUCCCAAGCCACAGCCCCUCUUUGGGUGAUUCUGGUUAGCAGGAAUAUGUCAUUGAACUGUGAUCAUGCCUCUUCCUGGCUAACUGGAAUGUAGAAGCCUCUGACUUUUGUGUGGCUGGAAUGCAGCCCACCAUACUCAGGUCACAUCCAUUGUUCUUCCCACCAUUGCCUCUGGAUCCAAGCACCACUGACUUGCAGGAGCUGAAAGCCUGUAAACGUUGAGAGGGAAAUGGUUACUAACGAACUAGCAAGUAAAGAAGAACUUUUUUAAAAAAAUCUUUAAUGUAUUUUUGUCACAUAUACUACCCAAUUAAUCAUGUCCCUUAGGCAGUUCACAGAUUUCAGAUAAAUAAAAUAUGAAUACAGUCAACCAAAUCAAUUAAUAUAAAAGUUGCACCAGGAGAAAAAUUAGCAUAAAACCAUAUAAUAACAUGGAAUAAAUGGUUGGUGGAUGAAUUAAGUUGGCCAGUAGUUCCUGGGAAUGGGCCACAGACUUGUGAGCUGCCUUCUCUCUCUCGUGAGAAUUCUCUCUUUUCCUGCCUCUAUCAUUAUGGUUAAUAACUACAUCGGCACUGACCUUAACACUGUUUCAUGUUAACCAAGGUUCCCAUUGUGCCUAUGGUUUGCAGAACUGCUUCAAAAUGUUGAUUGUGGUAGAAACACUGGUUAGGUUGAUGCAAUUUAAUACCUAGCCAUGAUAAUGGGUUAUGAGAAAGGGUUGGAGAAAUUACUGUAUGACAGGGAUGGGGAACUGCUAACCCUCCAGAUGUCAGCCCCACCCAUGGUUGGGAUGAUGGGAGUUGUAAUCCAACAACCACUUGAAGGCUGCCGAUUUCUCAUCCCUGCUGUAUGAAAUGUAGAUCUUGGAAAAGAGUGUGUGAUUCUGUGACCUGUUCAAAUCUCUUGGCUAAGAUUAGAAAUCAGGAUUGUUACCCAAAGUUCUCGUGAGCUCUCAUACAUACACUCCUGUUCUCUCAAAUGUGUUUGCCUAGCAAGAAGAGACAGUAGCCUACGUUCAGCUUUUAAAAUGUAUACCCAAUUGAAUAAUUAAAAGCUGAAGAAAACAAAACGUGUGUAGGAAGCUGUGGUAUCGGUUCACCUUGGGGUAAGUCACUAUUAAGUGAUAGCUGCAAAAGGGUAUGCUUUUCUGGUUAUCGUAGGUGAAUUUUGAAGAGCAAUGAGACUGCUUCCCUCUUAAUUUUUUUGAGACAUUGUAAGCACAAUAACCCCAGAAGACUGCAGACUUUUUUUGUCUGUAUAGGGAAGGACCAUAGCUUUGAGGUUGAGAAUGUUUUGUGUGUAGAAGGUCCAGAUUCAAUUCAUAGCAGGUAGGGAGUACUCCCUGUCUCUUAAACCCUGGAGAGGUGCUGCCAGUUGGUGUAGACAGCACUGAGUUAGAUGGAUCAAUAGUAUGUUUUGGUAUAGGGCAGCUUCCUGUAUAUAGAGGGGAUUUUUGUUUGGGGGUAAAUGUGUAUCAAUAGCCUCCUAAAGAAGCAUAUUUGCUUGGUUUUUCUUCCUGGAAUGUUUUUGGGUUUUUUUUGGUUUUUUAAGUACUGCACUUUUGUAUUUUAGCAGAGACAGUGAGUUAUACUACCCAAACAAUUGUCCUCUAAACUAUUGUCAAAUGUUAGGGAACUUUGUUUUUGUUGACCACCUUCCUGAAUCCUCCAUUAUUUGCCUGCCUUGAGCAGCUGUCAUUUUCAGUAUGAUAUUUAUAUCUACAAGAGUAUCUGCAGAAGUCUUUCUCUAGAGACUUAAUUGCAUUUCCUUUAUGAGAGAUUUGACUUUCAUGGACUGAACUUGACACAGAGAGACAUGCUUCUCCUCCUCCUCACUACAGUUAUUUGAGAUGGCAAUAAUAAUGAAUCAGACUAUACUUUCUUCCCUAUAAUAAAAUAUACUGCGUAGUCUCAAAUGGUCAUCAGUUGCCUGGAAGUAGGGCAGGAAGAAGCUGAUUAACUGAAGGAGGAUAGUGGUAUAAUAAAAACAUAAGAAGAGCCCUGCUGGAUCAGAUCAAGCCUUCAUUUAGUUUAGCAUCCUGUUUUCCAGAGUGAUCAACCAGAUGCCUCCAGCAAGUCAUCAAACAAGGCGUGGAUGCAAUAGGCCUCCCAUGUGUCCAUCCCUCUUAAUGGGUAUUCAGUGGAAUAUUGUUUACGAAAAUGAAUCUUCCACUUAGCCACCCUGGCUGAUAGCUACUGAUAGAUCUAUCCUGAAUGAUUUUACAAAAUCCUCAUUUAAAGUAAUCUAAAGCUAGUGUUGGUAACCACAUCUUGUGGUAGUGAAUCCAUCAAUUAUGCAUUGUGUAAAGAUGUGCUUUAUCUUGUCUGUCCUGAAUCUACUGCCAGUUUCACUGGGUGACUCCCAAUUUCUAGCAUUAUGAGAGUGGGAGGACACGUUUUCAAUAUACACCACCUUCAUGCCAUAGACUCAUUGAAUUGUAGAGUAGGGAAGGAACCACAAGUGUCAUCUAGUGCAACACCCUGUAAUGCAGGAAUCUUUUGCCAAACAUGGGGCUUGAUUCCAUGACCCUGAGAUUAAAGGUCUAAUGUUUAUAAACCUGUUUCAAAAAAAACCCCAAAACCCUUUAGGUGUUACUAAACUGAAAAGUCCCUAGUGUGUUAGUCAUUCCUUGUAGGGAAAGUGCCUUAACCCACUUGAUCACUUUGGUUGCCCAUUUUGCAUUGAAUCCAUUUCUGUACUAUGGGGUACUAUGGAUUUCAAAUCCAGCCACACCAGAGAUUUUAUAGAAUGACAUUAUGAUACUGAUAGUCGUCUUGUCAAUGCUUUGCCUGGAAUUUUCCUCUUUUUUAACACUACACACAGAGUUAAUGUUUUUGUCGAGCUAUCCAUAAUAAUCUUUUUUAUCUACCAUAACCCUAUUUUUUUUUAUUAAACUCUUUUAAAUAUUGUACUGUAUUUUAUAAUGUUGUACCCUGCCCUGAGACCUUAGGGUGACGUAUGAGUAAUAAAUCAAACUGUUAUUAACAUUAAUAAUGAAUAAUAAUAACCCCACAAUCUUUCCAAGCUACUAACCGUCAGUUGAUUAAUAUACCUGUGAAUUUGGGAUUAAGUAUUCAGCUCUGCUAAGCUUUCACACUGUUGUGUGAGGUUAGUUAAAAGUAACCAAAGCAAAGUCAUGAAGUGCUCUUAAAAUGGUGAAAUACUUAGGUUAAUGAUGUUGAGGAAGAAUAAAAAAUUAUCUCCCUUUUAGAUGAAGUCAUUCCAUAUAUAUAUAUAUAUAUAUAUAUAUAUAUAUAUAUAUAGGUUUUCCUGUUCCAUUCUUAAAAUCUAUGAAGAUAAAGUGGUGAUAGUAUUAAUGAGAGCAGAUUAGGUUAUUGUAGGAGGUACAUUAAAUGUAUCAAGCCCAGCUGGUUGCAUCAUAUUAAACUGCUAAGACAACUACUGUACAGUGUUUUUAUGUAUGUUGAUCAUUGAGGAUAAGAUUUCUAUAACACCUCACUUUUUUCUUCCAGUGUUAAAAUAAAAUGGUGCCACUUACAACUAGAAUGGUGAAAUACUGGCAAACUAUGGGAAAGCCCCAAUAUAAUAUGUUAAAUAAUAGUGGAAGCUUUCUUGAAGCAGCAAGCAAAAUCUAUAAAUAGGAGGAUGCAGAAACAUUCUGCUUGUGUUUUCUUAGUCCACCUCUUAUAUGCAAGAAAAAGAAAUUUUGGUGACAAGAAGACUGUGUCACAAAGAAGUUCAGAGCUUCAACGUGCCUUCUUAGUCUGUCUUUUUCAAGUUGCAAAAUGCUGACUCAAAAGCUAGUUGGGUGACAUUAAGUGCUGUGUGCAGCAAGCUACAGCACAUUACUUUCUGCAUUAAUUAGAGAGGCUGUUGCAUGUAUUGCAACACAGCUGCCUUGUAAUAAUUUUGUAAUAUGAAGAAAUUCUAGAUUUUUAUGCAAACCCCAUGGUUUUCUAAUGUAUGGAACAUUGCUUUAUCUGAAUGUUGAUAGAGUAUAGUCUGUAUAGUCUGGGGCAAAACCAAAUUGAACAGUUUUGAUGCAGCCUAGUGUCCAUUUUUAUAUUAUCUAAAUUGGGAGCACCGUAUAAGUACCCCUCCCAUGACUCACUCCUUGAUGUGGUUGGUUGAUAUAGACUCAGCUUCAAGACUUGGUUAUAUGUAACUGCACCUCUGUUUUUAUACUGAAUCUGCUCCAUGUAUGGUUUCAUUAUUGCUUGUAUGGUUAUGCGUUAAUUUGCCCAUAUGUUUUUGAUAAAUCAAUACAAAUUUUCAAAAGGAAAAAAAAAAAACCCUGUUUAGAUAGAGUAUGAGGAGGAAUGAUUUAAACUCUCCCUUCAUUUAUUUCUAUGAUGGGCCCAUUAUUUUUUCUGUAGAUUUGCUGAUUUUUCUGAAGUGCCUGUUAUGCUUGGAACACUUUCUGUGUGAAGGUUUUGUGGUUUGAGGACUUCUCUUGAGGUUGCAGUCACAUGUGUCCAUUUGCAGUAAAACGGCAACCACUGACUUGUUGAACAUCCUUUGACGGAGCUUUCAGAAAGCCACAGCCACUGGUGUGCAAGAUCAAAGGCAAAUGAGUGACUUAUUCAGUAUUUUGGACAACUAAUAAACAGCUCACUGAAACUAUGCUUAAAAUACAGCCUUAUUCAAGGAAGUUAUUCUAAAGUAAGCUGCCUCCUUCAAAUAAGACAUAAUGCUAACUAAUCACUAUUUGAGCUUGUUUUUAGAGAGAUGAGUAGAGCCAAGUGACCCCUUGGCUUGAAGAGGCUGUAAACCUCCCAGUGGCUUGCUUAAGGUGGUAAUGCCUAAUAAGAAGCCAAGUUUUUAAAGUUCAAAACAUAACCAGACUGGUUACCAGCUUUGUACAUUCUCAGGAGAUAGGGGAGUGUCAAAAUCAUUAUAUUGGUGCUUUCUCCCCCUUCAUUGAUGAUACUUGAAGGAUCUGUAUGGAACUCGAACCCUCUUAAGGCAUAUUUUAUACAAGUUAAGUAAACAUGUGGGGGGGGGGGGGCGGCAUGGAAGCAGGCAUACUAGCUCCACCACCACCAAACCUGCCAUUCUUCUGAUUUCCCUCCGCAAAUUGGAAAGUCAGGGUUAGAAAAUGUGUGGGAGCCUCAGUGAGUGCAGGAGAUUUCCAGCUUCAGAAGACUGCCUCCAACCCAGAAGAACUGGUGGGGAUGGGCACAUGUGCUUCUCCCCAUGGCCCCCCUCUUGUAUGUUUACUUAACAUGUAUAGAGAACACCUGAAGAAGGCUUUUGUGUCCUCUGUCAUUGUUGUUCAUUUUCAUCCGUUUCAGUAGUAGCUGGGUUCUCUUGGAAAACAAAAAGAAAAUGGGGCACUUGUGUAAAAAUGCAUGUAGGAGGUGCUUGUGUGGUAUGGGAUAAGAUGAGUGCUGGACUUUCAGCAGAACAAGCUUCUGCAAAGUAUGAGUAGAGAAACAAGAAAAUGACUUUGGCAUGUUAAGUAUGUUAACUUAAUAUGUUAAGUGUAGAAGGUGGGGUGGACUGGACUGGGAAGGGAGGGGAGCCUAGAACAUGUGUUUGAUGGGGUUAACUUUCAAAAGAUUUAGGAGAAUGAAGAAGUCAUCUGAUUGGGAAGUUGAUACUUUUGAUCAGGCAUAGGCAAACUCAGCCCUCCAGAUGUUUAGGGACUACAGCUCCCAUCAUCCCUGACCACUGGUCCUGUUAGCUAGGGAUGAUGGGAGUUGUAGUCCCAAAACAUCUGGAGGGCCGAGUUUGCCUAUGCCUGCUUUUGAUUCUAGCUGAAAGUAGAGGUGUAACAUUUCUGGAAUUUUUGAAGCCAUUUAGCCUGCCUUCUAAGGGGAAAGAGAAAUAUAUGCAUUAUGUUCUUCUCAUACCUAAACUUAGAUUGCCACCUUGAGAUCGUGACAUGUAUUGUGCGUAAUUUAGCAAAUAAUACUACAUUGUUUGCUAUGAAUGUCUUUAAAGUUUUAUUCAAACAACAAUUAUAUACUGUAGUCAGUGCUUAAGAGGGACCUGCAAGUUGCUGGACCUAAAAGUGAAAAAAUGUAUUUUGGAUUUUGCUAGUUGGCAAAAUAAUAAUAAAAUAAAAAUUGACAAUGGGAAUGCUUGACACUGUAGUAAACAAAAGGGAGGCUUUAUUAUCUGGACUUAGUGAGGGUGGCUUGUAUCCAGAGAACUGUGCGAUUAGCUUUGCAUACCAAGGAAGCUUUGGAAUUGUUUUUCUCAAAUAGCAGUUCCCCUUUCUCAUUUAUGGCAAACCUCUUUUGAACCAGAAGAAUUUUAUAAGCCGUCUGUGCUAUGGAGUGCAGUUUCCAACUUUAAAGGAAAAGGGCCUAAGAUCCCCCACCCUUGAGGUUGCAGAAGGCUGGUCUGAGGCAAAGUGCUCAUUCAGCCCUUUCAAUGAAUCCUAUGUCUUCUAGGCGAGGCAUCACUUUUAACUCUUAAGGUAGCAUUUAUGAAAUGGCAGUUGGCUUUUAUAAUGCAUUUGCUACCUUACAUACCCCUCAGUAUUUUGGACAACUUCUCAACGAAUGUUGCUAUUGAAUUGUCAUUUGGCUCCAAUCUACUUUGUGGGAGUUCAGUUAAAUGUGCCUUACCUAGAGACCUCUGCAUGAGAGGACAUUGGAGGUGCUCUCCUUCACUUCAGUGAAACCAACAAAUGUAAGCCUCAUUUUUGAAAAAUGACACAUCAAAAGAAUGAAUAGACCCAAAAUAGCAGCAAGAAUCCGCCAAGGUCAUUGAGCAAUAACCACGGUACAAUAGCUUGUGAAGAAAGAAACUGCUUCUAUGAUGAAACCUACUUUUCCCUUCUGGUGUCUGAAGAAUUUCAAAGUCUGUGCCAGAGGAUGCCACUGUCACAAAGAAGAGAAUUGACUGUGUAACAAACUUCAUUUUGAGGUCAUUAGAAAUGACAUAGUUAAUAGAUCCUUUUUUCUUAGUGUCUCUUUUUCAAAAUUAAUUUCUUUCAUGUUUUCAUGCUGGUCUGAUUUACCUUUUUGGAUUGUAUGAAAACUAACGGAAAAAAAUACACUGAUUGUGUUUCUGGUGCUGGUUUCCUUAUUUGGCUUGAUGUCCAUGUGGUGGUUGCAAGCUCCAGACUGCUCCUUUCUUAUAAAACAGCUUGUAAAGAAACAUAGGAGGCCAACUUGUACUGAGUCAUACACUGAUCCACCUAGCUCAGUAUUGCCUAGACUAACUGGCAGAAGCUUUCCAUGGUUUCAGGCAUAGGGCAUUCACAGCUGUACCUGGGGAUGCUGAGGAUAAAGCCUGAGACCUUUUACAUGCAAGGCAGAUACUUUACCAGUUAGCCAUUUCACUUCCCAAAGGUCUGCUGAAAAGUUCCAAAAAGGGGGCAAGGGAGUUCUAAGUUGAAACUGAGUGAAUUAGACAAAGUCAUCUCAAUGAGAAAUACAAUUUACAGAGAGCUCACAAACCUCCCUUUAUCUCAAGCUAAUUCUUUCUUCCCCAGUGCUGGAUAUAGGCAGAAACAGGACUCUCGAGGGCCUCCCUUCAUGUGAAGUUAUUAGAGCAAUGAUUGUGCAGUUCUUAUCUAUUCGUUGCUCAACAGCUGCAAUACUUUCUUCAUGGAAAGACUUCUGUUUCAGAAGUUGUUUCCUUUUCUCGGAACGUACUCUCAAUGUGAUAUAUCAGCCUUCAUCAAUCACACCACAGAACUGCAAUUGCAAUGGCCAAAUGUUGCUAUUGCAAUGGCUGUUGCUAGUGACAUCAUAAGUGACAAAGCAAUAAAGGCCUACUUACAUGCCAAUGCCAUUUUGUGGGCAUUUAUUUUUACAGUUUCUUAUGGCUGCCGGCUGCACUGCUGUGCAACAUCAGUUCUUGAUUGCUUAUACAGCAGUAUUUGAAGCUAUUUGGUGGUUCCGUCUUUCCACAGAGUCAUUUGAGGAACUAUUAAAGUUUCUAUCCCACCUAACCUGGUAUUUAGUUAGCAUUCAGCUGGACAGGGCAAAUUUCAGCUGCUGUAUUUAAUUCUGUGAUUACACUCUUCAAUCUUUGGGGUCUGCCCUCCUGGGAGCGUUUGUAGAUCUGUUCUAAUUAAGCUGAUAACUUGUAGAUAAAGACACAGUCUCUCUCAUUUUCUUACAAUGGAAUUAUCAGUGUCACUUCAUUUUACAGCGAACCAAGUUCAAACUUGGAAACUCAAGAAUUUUUAUUUCUGAGUUGUAAGCUUACCUCCCCACCCUCCUUUAAGCCAAGUGUUGGAUGACUAUUGACAUUCAAAGCUUUAAAUAAAUUUCAGUUCCUGCUACAAAGUUGUCUGGGUUUUUUUAAUUAAAUAGGUAUUAAGUAAAAUAAAAAAUAUUAAAUAAGCAUUAGUUUAUUGCACAAUCAUAGUAUAAGCUGAUUACUUGUAAAGCUGUAUAUUGAACAUUCCAUCUGAAGUUUAGUUUUGCAUAUAGUGAGGCUUGUUAUUUAAAAAUAAGCAAAGGAUGAAGCGAUUCUGGAGAGACUUGUUUGGAAUAUGUUCUGGGAUGUAUAGACAUACAGGUACAUUCAGAACAGACCCAUGAUGGAGCUGUGACAGUGUUGGGUGAGCACAGGGCCAGUAGUGGCAACUGCACCAGAGUGAGCAAAAAGAUGGAGAUGACACGUAGGGAACUGCCGAAGUUCUGAAGCAGAGAACUUGUGAGAUAAGAGCCUCCCAUCCCCUUAGCCUACUGUGGUUGUCCUUUGGAUUUGCUGCCACUCACCUUGUGACUCCACCUUGGUUCUCACCUGCCACAUUAUGCCCAGGAAUUAGUGUAGGUUUGGUUGUGUACAGUGGUGACAGCGGGAACUGAAGUAGGAACAGGGAGAACUAACCUGAGGAGGGGACGAGAGCACCAACCUCUUUCAUGGCCAGUGCCUUGGCCUGCUUUGUGAGGAAAAGACAAAGUGUUCAACAUGUUUUUAAAGAGUUCACGUUACUAUACACCCUUGCAUCAUUAUUUCUCUUUUAGCACUAUACAAUACACCACAUGAUGCAGUAUUUCAGACAGUAGGAGUUUACAGGAACACUGCCUAAGGUGUUGGAACUUAGUGCUGAAGUACUGGAUUAUCCUGCAAACACCCACCAAAGAAACAAUAUAUGCAACAAAGCUCACUGGCAGCUCUGUCCAUCUGUUUAUUAUGGCAACACUAUUGCUGGACAGUCAUGUUGACUAUUCUACCAUAUCUAGUGCCAUAGUAUAUCCUCUUCCAUCAUUGCCCUGCAGUGGUCUUUUAGGUUGUGGUGGGGUGGGGAUGAGCAAAGAAAACUGUAAAUGAAACAUUAAUUAAUAUAUAUUUCAGUUCUUCUAGAUGCCCUAUUUCUGGCCAGUGUUUCAAUAUUCACAGCUCCUAAGUCAGAAAUAACAUUUUAAAGAGUUUGGGGGUGUUUCUUCUGCUCAGGCAGUGGACAAAUGACCUCCCCCCCUUUUGUUAAGCAGCCCUUAAACAUGUUGCUCACUGCAUCACUGUAAUGCGCAGUUAACCUUUGUUUCACCUUAAGCUCAGUUUCCAACCUGUGUUUAUAUAUAUAUAUACCUCAGCUCUUCAAAACUUAGCUCAUCUUUAUUGGAAUAGGACAGCCUUCCCCAGUGUGGUACCCUCCAAAUAUUUUUGAGUACAAACCACAUUAUCACAGGUCACUGGUUGGAGCUGAUAGGAAUUGGAAUCCAAACUGGAGUUGUUUCCUUUGAAAGGAGAUACUCUCUUAAUUUGAGAGCCAUAAGAAAAGGGUUGACCAAUUUGCAGCUAAAGUCUAAUGAAUUUGAGUUAUUGUAUCAUGAUGGGAAACCAUAUUAAAAAAAGAGCAUGCACCUGUCUAAUUCAAAGACAAAGAGCUAAAAUUUCUAGAUACCUUAAAUGACAGUGCUGUAGAAUAGUUGGUUAUGGCAGCAACUCUAGACCUGUUAUUGAGUGGCUCCCAGGACCUGGUAUAAGAGAUAAAAUUACAUUUAAAAUACCCUACAUGUUUUUAUUUAUAAUUUUAACGAUAAUUACAUUUAUAAUCUGCCCUAUCCUGUUGAUUUAGUGUUCCAUAUACAGUAUACACGUUUAAUCUGGUUGUUAAAUGUCAGCCCAAAGAAGAGAAUUCUACAAUUGUUUUGCAAGUAUUUUAUUUUGCCAUUCAACAUUUCUUGGCUCAUUUAAUUUUAUUUUAUUUUAAAAAAGUGACUUUUCUUAUUUUUAUUUCCUGAGAAUCGGCCAUCUUAGAAAUAAACCAUUCCAUAAUGUCUGUCUGAUAUUGUGAAAACCUAUGCAAGUUUGUAUGGUGCAUAUGCAUAUAAGACUUAAUAUUUUUGGUAAUCUGAACAGUGUGUUUACAGCCACCCUGAAUAAAGUUACUGAUUUUAUAAGUAAAGUUCCCUAAUCAGACUGCUACCCAGAGAAAUUACAAACAGGUUGUUACUUAAAGGUUGUAACUGUGGCUGGAUUUAUUGUUUUUUUCUUUUAUAAAUAAUUUGGGUUCUGUUUUGUAAUAUACCUCAAACUUCAGGUAUUUUACAAUCUAGCCCUUCCAACCGCUUUGUCAUUGCUAUUUCUUACAUUAACUUCAUGUGAGCUAAUCUCAUUCACAUUACCUGCACAUGAGCCACUUUCUCACAUUAGUGUCCCAUGCAUGAAUUGAUCUUUCUCUUCUGAUGCUGUAAAUGUAAGAAGGGUUUUGGACAAUUUGUCAUGAAUGAAUUUGAGGGAUCGGAACUUUAUUUGCUGUUCUUAAAUGCUGGACCAGGUUAAGCAAAAUUUGUGUUGGAUAUUUUAUGUUGUAGCAUGUAGGUUUCUUUCACUCAGAUCAGAGCAAUACAGUGAUGCUAGCAAAUUCCUUACUGCUUGAGUUAUUCUUUGUUCUCUCUAAUUGUAGCUGCCCCAGGAACAAUUUUGCCUACAAUUGACUACAAAGUACAGACGCUAAUUCAAUACCAUCAAGAUUCUCAGUAUUUAUGGUUGAUAGUGGGCUUAAUUUGUAACUGGGUGAUUUUCGAGUACUGUACUCAAAAUUUAGAGUAUAGAAGCACAUUGAAAAUCUUAGGUCAAUAUGCAACAUCAGCCACCAGGAACACACACCAAUUUGAACCACCUGUUGGAUCCCAGUAGUUUCCUGAGCUUUAGUAAAGUGCUAAUGACCUUUAGAGGCUUGGCUUUUGAUACCUCUCUGCACCUGGCCUGGGGCGGGGCCUGACAGGCCUCAUAAGGACUGCUCCUGUGACUGCUGCCCAGCAAGCACUGGGGUAUUUCAGCUGAAGUUUGGAAGAAAAAGUUUGCUGGUAGGUUCAGAGAAACUGUUUCUUAGCACACAUUUCAGCUUAGAGCAUUCAUUGUUUCAAUAUGUGAUGAAGGCUCCUAGCUUAGAUGGUUCUCUUGCUCUCUCUCUCUUUUAAAGGUCUAGACAAGUUAAUGGAGAUUAGAUACAUCAAUGACUAUUAGCAGUAGUAACUAAUGAAAAAUGGGUAUUCUAUCUGCUUAACAAAUAUGGGGUGGUUGUCGUCUUCAUGAUCUGCUUGUGAACUUUCCUAUGGCAUCUGACCAGUUGCAAAGUGCUGGAUUAGAUGGAUCAUUGUUGCUGUGAUCCACUUAGGCCGUUCUUUUCUUGCAUUCUAGUAGAUCAGGUUAAGCAUUUUAGCUUAUGUUCCCUAGUUUACAAAAUUUAUGAAAGUAAUUACAGAAUAAACUGUACAGGAAUUUUUGGUUUAACAACAAAUGUGUUGCCACUUUGGUAUGUAAAUAGUGUUGAAAAAUGGAAACGUAAUGGGAAUCAGUAAACUGUUAGCAGGUAAAUAUGAGAUCCUAUAGAUUUUUGCUUGAUUGAAUGGUUCUUGGUGGUUUUAUAGUUUCUUUUGUCAGUUUAAUCAUCAUUCCCUUGACCUCAAAAACUUCAAAUCACAAGCAGCUCCACACUUUACAGAGUAAUCAUCUUUCCUUGGGAUACACAAUUGUUUCCCAUAGGCAUCUGGUUGGCCAUCUUGAGAACAGAAUGUCAGAGUACAUAAGCUUUUGAUUUGACCAGGCAAGGCUCUUCUUUUGUUCUUACAGUGUGCCCAGCACACACCCUUAACAGUUUGUGAACAAAUGAAGCUGCCUUACGGAAGCAGACCAUUGGUCAACCUCAUUUGUAUUUGUCACUCCAGCAGCACUGGCUUACUGAUGUCUGAGGCAGGCAGUUUUCCCACCUCUUGAUAUCUGGAAUUCUUUUGAAUUGUGUAUGGUAGGGAUCAGACUUGGGGACUUAUGCAAGCAGAACACUUCCUCCAAAUAUAUUGGGGAGAUGUGGCCCAGUUGGGGCUCCUUGGCAUGUUUAGGCAGGUGUUGUAUGCCACACGUAUUUCCUUUUACACUUUGUUUGAAGCAGGAAAUAUUGGUGUAACAGCAUUGAUGGGUGUAGUAUUACAUAAUGUUUCAGGUAACGUUUUGGGGAAGUGAGCUCCAACUGCCUAUGACAGUCAUCCUUGCCUUCUAUCAAAGUUCUCCUUUCCGCAGAAGCUGCUUCUCCUGCAAAGCAGGACCAUCCUACUCUCAUGUUUUCCUGUACUGUGUCUGCUGCCUCAACUUUAUCUCCCCCCACCCUCCAUGUGUUGGUCAAACUAUUAUCAUCUUUCAUCUCUCGCCUGUCUGUUGUAUCCAGAGCCAGCCCUACAAACAGGGAUCGUGUCAGUUCUUCCUUCCAUACAGGCCUUUAAUUGUUGGUCCUAGAUAAAUGAAGAGUAGAAGCUGGAAUGGGAGUUAUCACUACUUUUGGAAUGGUUAGCAGAAACAUCAGUUUCUCAAAUUCUAUUCUAGAACUCUGUACCCAUUACAGUUAAUACCUGGAUGCAGUGAUAAUGACUUUCUUUUGGAAAGGCAGCUACCUUCAGAUACUAACAAAUAUAUGUCUAUAAAUAUUCUUAUAAUGGUUCUGCUUCCACAGUGGGCAGAUAAUAAAGUGUUCUUCAUUACAGAGAUUCAGAGAGGUAAAUGAAUUUUUUAACAAUAAGUAUAACAGGAUUGCAGUUUUCUGGCACAGUGAAUGGGGUUGGGGAUGAAGUUACAGACUAUUUCCCCAGCUGUGAGCCAUUCGUGUAGUUUCAAAUUAGGAUUGAGGGAAAUCUAGCAAUGAAAGUUAGGUUUGUCAACAAAGGAAGCUGUGUAAAUUGGCACUAAAAUCACUUGAUUUUCAUCCAGACAAAAAUUUUCUAUAAAGGUUUUAGAAGCAAUCUUUCUCUGCUUUUUGGCUCCUUUGAUGAAAGGCAUAUUUUAUGUGAAGUGAACUGGGGCACUUAUAAAGUAGUAGACUUCUCUCAAGUAUGUAACAAAAAUACUGGAAAAUGCUUCAGAAAAUAGGGUGGCUAUAGAAUCAUAGAACUGUAGAGUUGGAAGGGACCACAAGGAUCAUCCAGUGCCACAGUGCGGGAAUCUUUUGCUAGGCUAGAUCCAGAAGUGGCCCACCCACUGCUUAUUACUUUUGACAGGUAGGUGGGACCACCCGUGACACUUAGAUGACAUUGGGUGAUAUCAGGUGUGUGAUAUCACUUUCAAAGGAAGAAUUUGGCAAAUACUUUUAAGUGCCCUCUUAAUUCUUCCUUUGGAGCCAUGGCUUGAAUUUCAAGGCACAGUUUAGUUUAAAUUCAGUGCUGAAUACAAGUCCCACUUUCAGCAGGGAUCUGCUCUGCUCAGGGACUCUGAUAUGGAGCUCCUGAGUGGAGCUGAUUAAAGCAGGGCUUGUUUUCAGUGCUGAGUUUAAAUUCAGUGCUCAAUGCAAGCCCCACUUUAAGCAGGGAUGGCUCCACUCAGGAGCUUCCAAAUGGAACUAAUCCCAUUAGGGCUUUCCUUUGGCAUCAAAUUUAAAGGCACUGAAUGCAAACCCCUUUUACAGAAGAACAAUUGGGAGCACAUUAUGCGCCACAGCCCAUUCAAAUGGGUCUUGUGGGCCGAAUUAGGACCACAGCAGGCCUAAUUUGCCCUGCAGCCUGAGCUUUCCCACCCCUGUCUUAAUCUGUCAAACAUUAGCACCCUGUGAAGAUUACCACUGGGGCAAUGCACUUGAGCUCUGCCUCUAGCUGAAACUUCAGUCUGUACUUGAGUCAGAAACAUCUAAAACCUUUUGAAAUAUAUGAUACAGGGAUAACAUCAUCUUCAUCUCAGGAAUGUUUUGAGAAUCACUAUAGCAUUGUCUAGAUAAUAUAAAUGUGGAUGACACAAAUGUCACUGUAUUUCAAUACAUACAUGAAUAGGUCUACAUAUAUUUAAAGGAGUUUUUAAAGUUGUAGUGUUUGGCUGUGGUUUCUGUGAGAAAUCUGUGUUAGAGACAGCUUGGAAAUCUGCACCAGGAAAACCUACUGCAAGUCUGUAUUAUUUUCUUGGUACCAUUUAUGUCAAAACCAGACUCCUUGUGACACAUAAGUGACAGAACAGGGAGUCUGCCAAUUCAGCAUCACUCUCAUGGGCCUCACUAGGAAUUGCAGCUAUGUUGACCAGCUCGUCAGUGUACCAAACAAGGAAAGUUGUGUUGUAUAUUUGGUUUUGUUAGCCAGUUAUAGACCACAAGCAGAAUUUUAUAGCUUUUUAGGCAGGGAAUGCUCUGAAAACACUUGAGGCUCUGUCAGGCAAACACAAGGCAGAGUAGUGUAGCUAGAUUUUUUACUUCAGUAAUUACAGAAACACCCUAGGCCUUUCUGGUUUUAUAAACAAUGAAAUACUUGAUGUUUAGCAGGAAUUAUUGUCAAGACCUUCCUUUCCAGUAUGUUGAUACUGAGUGUUGAAUUCUCCUGUCCACUGUACAGUUAUCACCCCUUUCUAGCUCCAGCCCCUCUGAACAUGCUGCCAGUUUUGCCUCAUCAGACCCUGUGUGACUGAGGGGUAUUUUAAUUUGUUUGAAAGGAGUGAAGAGAGGAUACAGGCGAGAAGAGCCACUGGCAAAAGCUCUGUUCUGUGGAGAGAGUUGGUCAAGUAAACGUGUUGGGAGUGGAGAUAUCGGGAACAAAAGUAACAAAUCUUUUAGGAAAACAAAAACAAAUGUUUUGCAGGGUUCAUAUUUUCUAUUUUUUGUUGAUGAAAUGCCUGAACCCUCAGAGUCAAUACAAGUGGUUCUUAAAUAGUGGGUUGUAAGCUUUGCUGUAUGUUCCUAAUACUAAGUGUUGAAUACGAUAUAAUGUGACAUAUGAUGCCCCCUGCCUAAUGGACUAUCCCUUGUUCUGGAAAUUAGGGGGAUGUAAUCUUGUUUCUGGGUUUAAUAGGUAAAAAAGAACGUUGCUGGUUGCUGCUCUGUGCAUGAGGUGCUUGUUGAUGUGUGAAGCUUUUUAACUCGAAAAGCUAUAGCAUAGCUGUAUUUUUCUUCUUCACUGGCAGCAUUGAGAAGCUAGAGUAUUGGAGCGAUUUAUUCUCGAUGGCCAAAGCUGACAAAUAACAGAGGGAGUGCAAUAGAUAUAGGUAGAAAGCAACCAGUUUUGAUGCCUCAUACCUAAUUUACAGAGUCCUGCAUUGGUUUAUCCCAAUUGAUCAUGUGCUUAGAAGUGACUUGCUAGAUGUGGGGCUAAACUGGGAGUUGUAGGCCCUUAGACAUUGACCUUCCUGUCUUUGAUGUCAUGGUGUUUGUAUGGUCCUGUCAGUUUUUCCUGUGUAAAUUUUUCACUGGGGAGGGUGGUACCUUGUAACCAAAUGUCAUGAUAUUGAGGAAACACACAGAAUGCUAGAACUGAAGUCGAAAGAUGCAGUGUCCUAGCAACAUGAGAGAAACAGUCACUACUAAUAAAGUUGCAGAUCUGCAGGGUGCCCUUGUGAGCACAAAGCAGCUAAAGAGUGAGUUUUCAAAAUGAGAUCUCUUUGCUAGCUUCUGUCAUGUUGUUGUGAACCCAGUGACAAAAGAUGUGGGUAUGGGUGGAAGGUUUCUUAUGUGGUCUGCAGCGCAUUAAAGCCUAAGAACCACUGAGCAAUCAUAAGGGAGGUGAAACAAUAUAUAUAUAUUUAACAAUGUUUGAAAGGCUGUUUUUCUUCUCAUUUGACAUGCAGCAAGGACAUAUGGGAGAAGGCGAGGUAACAACAUUCCUCUUUAAUUUUCUGAUGUUUAAAAUGUCUCAUGGCACAGCUAAUGCACAAUCUGCUUCUGUAAGGAGGACUGGAAGCAGUUUUUUUUUAUAAAAAAAGCCAGGCUUCCUCAAUUUGCAUGCUGUGGUAACCUUUAGGAACUUAAUGUAGUGGCUCCCAAAAUUAAGACUACCUAGGCAGAAUUAGGAUAGUUACACUGAGUCAUGGGGAUGAGGAGGCGUCAAUCAGUGUUACUACAGUGUAGGUCUGACCUUAUGUGUGGGUGUGGGUGGUUGUUGCUUGGAAAAGCACCUAAGUGACUUGGGCUCCAGGUCUAUUUUUCAAAGGUGACUUUGGCCAUGAUGCACUGUAAUAGGAAAAAGACAAUGGUUAUCAUAUGUACUCUGACAUGGGUGAUUUAAUACUGCCUCUUAAAUAGUGUGCCCUUGUGGAAUCAGAUUGCUUUUCUGGUUCUCUCCUGUGAACAAGCUAAAAAUCUCUGUGUCUGAGAGGUGCCUGGAGCCUUACAACUGUAAUUGUGUGUUUUGAAGAGCUCCUCAGCUGCUUAAUAAUAAUAAUAAUAAUAAUAAUAAUAAUAUGCCAUCCAUCUGACUGGAUUGCCCCAGCCACUCUGGGCAGCUCCCAACAAAAAAUAGUAAAAGCACAAUACAUCACACACUAAAAACUUCCCUAGCUUGGGUUGGGGGCACUAGCAAUCAUAAUUUGAAGUUGGGGGGAGUUUCAUGUCAUUUGUGAAAAUGGAUCCUGGCAAUUAAGUCACUUAGGUGCUUUGUGGAAUGAGGGAACUGCAUUGCUCGGACUUCAUCCUCUGAACUUGCAUGUUGAGUAAAUAACCAUGAAUACAUGCCACUUUGCUUAGCUUCUUCAACACUUUCUUGCUUGGGGUGAGGGAAGCAUUUCUGCAAUAAGAACAGAGUAGUAAGGAGAGUUAAUACUAAAGAAAAGGAAGAGUGGCUAUAUGUAGUCCAGGAAAAGGGUCUGCAAAUUUAGUUUUCAAAGAGAAUUCAUCCCUUUCAGUGGUUUCAGAUCAUUACAUUAGAAAGCAAAUGUUCUAGAAUGCUGGUAAUGAUAAUGGGAUUAAUAUUGUUGUGCUCAUCUUCUAAACAGGAGUUGUAUUUUUUUGAUAGGUUGUGGUAAACUGGUUCACUGUUUAUUAGUGACUCAGAUUUUAUUGACAUGUUUGACUUCUGGGGGCACCCCUUGAUCAGAGAGGUGAGGCGUUUGAGAGGAGGAGACAGAUCUUCUUACACUGAUCUGUCCUUUAGCCCUUCAGCCAAGAACCUUAGAGUUGCCACUUCCCAUGUCAAAAGGAACCUAUGACAUUCCUGUUGCUGCCCUUGUUGAAUGAUCACAUAGAGGAAAGCAUGACAGUGCCGUUGACAAUAUGUGUAGCUUGCCAUAUUCAGUAUAUAAGGAACAAUGUUUUCAACCAUCUUGGUGUACUCUAAAUAAAACUGCACUGUGAUGUUUCAUCAAAAAGGGAUUGUAACACAUUUUUUUCCUUCCGUGUGAAUGUUAAUUUAAAAGAAACUAGAACACUAGCCAGAAACACAAGUUUCCAGCCUGUCUUGAAAUGAUACAGGAAGUCAGGUGCUAAAGUGAUCAGUUUUGUCUAUAUGAAUGUUAAGCAGUAUGAAACAAAGUACCACUUUCGCAGUAACAUAUACAGUAAGUACCAUAGCAAGGAGACCCCUACAUAAUUAAUAGCAGAAUGAUUCUUGAAACAUGGCUUUCCUAGAUAAUCCAUUAAUCUUGUAUAACAUCAAGGUACUGGUUACUAUUAGGAAACAAAACCACCUAGAGUCUACAUCUGUCUGUGGUGAUACACCUGUACCUGGACUAUAUCACUUCAGUCUGAAAGAGUGAAGAGUCACAGAACCAAAUGCUUCCUCUGCAAAAAACAUCACUGUACAUUGAAAGCUGGCAUAUUAGGGGUAAGGCUAGGCUAUAACCUUUCCCCCUGACAUGCUAAUCUUAUAUGUGUGGGAACUUUUCUUAUAUGGAAAAACACACAAUUGCAUAAGUUCUUACUUCUCUUAUGUAGUGGCACAGCCAAGACUGAUGAAUGAGCCUCAACUUGUUUCAAGUUGGCUAGGAAAUAAGUUGAGAAGUAACCAGUUUAUUUCUAAGCCAACUACCCUUUGUUUACUGGAUUUUACUCAUCUACUAGUGGUGUUCUGGCUCAGGCAGUAGUGGUAGCAAGCUGCAGGGAAAAGCAAAGGAGGGGCGUCUCACUCUUCCUUUCCCUCCUUCUCAUACCAAAAUCAGUUCAGGGAAAUGUAGUUUUCCCAACAACAAUGUUGGUAGGCACUGGAAAAAAUGAUUUUCCAGGGUUAAUUGUGGUACCUACGAAGGUAGAAGAAGGAAACCUUCUUUCCUUGCUGAUACCACCAUUGGGGAUGAAGGGAAGGUCCCCAAUAAUUUUUGAGGUCAAUAUUCAUUUUGGUGGUGUAUUUCUAUACUUUUGUGAUGACCAGUGGUUUUUGCAAAUAAAUUUGGCUGGCUGCUCACUGGAGGAAGUUUGGGAAUAGGCUAGUGGGUAAGAAGGGAAUGAGUGCGUAGAAGUUUGGGAGUCUGAUUGGAUGGAAGAGGUAUUAUUCUAUAGAUCAGAAUAAAACCUGAGCUGAAGAAGAGUUCAGGGGUGACAGUAAUACUUGCUUCAAGGUUGAGGGGCAAGUAUUAAGUAUAUAUUCUGCCUUUCCUCCUGAAGUUCAAUGAGGCAUGCAUUGUUAUUCCUUCCCCAUUUUAUCCUCAAAGCAGCCUUGUGAGGUAGGUUAGGCUAAGAGAGAGAGACUGCUCCAAGGUCUUCCCAGCACUAGUCUAAUAACCUAACAAUUAUGUGAUGCCGUAUGCCAAGCAUUAUGAGACCUAUGAAACUCAUACUUCCAGGAAGAGUUACAGCAUUAGUUGGUUUACUGUGUCAGUAAAAACUAGGGCUAAAGAAUUUCAAAUUUGGGGAGGGGAGUAUUUGUUUGGUAGGAUAUUUUACUACUGCUGUCACAUUGUGACUGUUCAUGAUUUCAAGUCUCUGAGAUUAAAGUGUAAAUUAGAUGUGGGGUAUUUCACUUCAUCUGAACUAUGCAGUUAUAUGGGGGUAGCUGAAAUCUUGCAACUUGCAAUUCCACAGCAUUCUUCAUACGAUAUUGGGGAAAGGCACCAAAAUUAUUCUUAAUAUAUUUGAUAAAGCAUUUAUUUGCAGCAUAUGUUUGAAAAAUAUUCAAUUUGGUGUGUGUUGAGAAGAGAAUUGGGGGAUUGUGCUUGUAUUAUAUUAUGGUACAUUACCUUGAGCUGCCUGCAUAACAGUUGACAGAAAAAAAUAUUGAAUUAAUAAAUAAUAUUAAAAUGAAGUUUUCCUAUUUUGUUUCAUAGAUAGUAUUAACAGGGCAUCUUCGUAUACCCAAGAGGUCAGGCUGUAGGAGUAAGAAAGACAUGUAGUUAAUGUUACUGUUAAUUAUGUACGCAGAAGGGAAAAUGCUCUGACAUGUCUGAUGUAGCAGUUAAUAUUAAUGAAAUAAUUGUAUCUAUCCAAAUAGAAUUUUCUUCUGUUAGUAUGUUUUGCAUUUCCCCCCUCUUUUCCAUUGUAGGUCAGUCUUCACUGUUCCCAAUGGAAGAUGGGUUUUUGGAUGAUGGACGUGGGGAUCAGACGCUCCAUAGUGGCUUGGGAUCACCACACUGCUUUUCCCACCAGAAUGGCGAGCGAGUGGAACGGUACUCCCGCAAGGUGUUUGUAGGUGGUUUGCCACCUGAUAUUGAUGAAGGUAUACUUGGACAUCAGUAUAGCCAAGAAUACCCACAUUAACCAUAAGGGCCAAGGCUUAAUUGUGACACGUGGGAGGGGUGGACCCUCAUGUCUUGGCUAUGUGCAAUUUUUGGGGGGCUGUGAAAAUAAUUACCUAAGCUAUGGGCUGCCAAAUAUGCAAGCUGCUGGGUUAUGAACUGUGAGGAUAAGGAGUUAUGAGCUGGACAGCUCAUGCGAUAGGUUUUCUUUCCAUCUAGUUCCGUUAGUUGCAUAUUAUGUUGAAUGACAUCAUAAAACUCUUUAUGAAGGUCUUUUAUUUUGGAGAUGGCUGUGCUUAAGACUUUAUGUUAAAGCCAUUAAUACAGGCACAAAUUUAGAUCAGUGUCUGACUUAGAAGUGGAGUGCAGUGCUUCGAUUGUUUUAGGGAGCAAUACACAAGGCACUGCCUUUUUGUAACCACUGUAUAUUUCACAGGGGGAAUGAAUUAUUCCUACACCUCAAAUCUGUUUUAAGCAUAAUGAACACUGUUGGGGGUGUGCCUAAUAGGGUGAGAGUUAUUGCAGUAUAGGCUUUCAUUUGAAAACAGGGUUUAAGUAGAUGGACAACCAUGGAUGAGUUUCUCUGCCAUGGGUAUCUAUUUUGUAUUGUUCAUGGUUGGUUUUGGUUUUUAAAAUAUAUAUGUUGUUUUUAAAUGCUUUUUGCUAUUAUUGUGCAUUGCCUUGAAAUGUUUGUGUAGAAGGCAGUUAGUUGAUAAUAAAUAAAUAAUAGAUCCCUCUAGGUAAUUAGUUAUAAGAACAAAAUAAUGCCUCAUUUUUAACAAUAAUAAUUUACAUGACUUUAUUUGGGAUAUCUAACCCUAAAAUACUAUUUUCAAAUUCUGUUAAUUUGGAAAAACAGUUCUUAGUAAGUUGCAAGCAAUGUCCCAAUAUCUCUUUAGCACCUCUGUUGCUUGCAUGCACAUGAAAGUAUCUGGGAGGCUUGUGACUGGGUCAGAGAUCAUUUGCUUUUGGUAAAAAGAAAUCCUGACACAUGUUGAAAUCCAGAGGAUAGUUUGAGAGGGAUUUAAGGAAAAUAGUAAAUGAAUGGAAGUGGGUAGAGCACAUAUAUUUUAUUUAUUCAGAUACUGUGUUAUAGAGAAACACGAAAUUUUCUUCCUUUAAAUAGCUGUAAUUAUGAGUUUGUUUUAAAAUUACACUGACUUUAAGAAUUCUCUAUCUGCUGUUGUUAGCAUGAGUUGUACAGUAGUUAGAUUUGUGUAAUAUUAGCCAGUAUGUAAGUCACCUGAUCUGAAUUUUGAAAUGGAAGGAGGCUUUGAAAUGGCUGCAGCAAUUGCUUUCUGUUAAUGUGUUCUGUGCAUACCGUCUGCAUCCUCGUCUCUAUGGCUAUUACAUAACUGCUUUCUAGAAGCCCUGCUGAAGUUAGUCGGAGGUCAAGCUCAGAUAAUGUGCACAGAUGUGGCAUAAGCAUGUGAUGUGAGCAGGCAUGACUAGACCGUGUGAUAUUCUUUUCUCUUUCUCCCAGCCUUUUGCAAAGCAGCUUGCAGAGCAGACUGCUCAGCACUCUGAUUCAGACUCUGCACGCUAGCAGUGGGAGAAUGCCUGAAGCUAGGAUCUGGUAGCUGUUUAGGUUCAGUGAUUUCGCUCCUUUGAGUGGCUUGCUGCAAAUCUUUAUUUGUAAUCUAAAACACACAGCUUCAGUAUCUGAACUGUUUUCUUCAUUAUUAGACAUAUGUUUUGACUUGUCAAACCUUCCCUUUAAACAAUAAAAAUAUCAUCCGCUCUCUGUCUGUUAGCAUUACAGAAAAUACUUGUAGGUUAGACCAAAGUGUUAUUACCAACUUAACCUGAAAUCACUGUAUGAUGUGGUGUUUUAAUACUUGCUUUUCCCUCUGACCUGCAGAUGAGAUCACCGCUAGCUUUCGCCGCUUUGGCCCUUUGAUUGUGGAUUGGCCUCACAAGGCUGAAAGCAAGUCCUAUUUUCCUCCUAAAGGUAACACUUAGUAUUUUAUAAGUUACAUUUUGUGUCCCGUCCUUCCUCAGGAGAGCGCAGGUUAACUGUGAUCUGGUGACAUCUUGUUUCACCUAUUGAACUUCACAACUGAGCUGGGAUUUGAACCUGGCUCUCUUGGUUCAAGCCCAACACAAUCCACUAAGAUACACAAUAUUUUCCUAUUAUGUGGGCACAGUAAAGUUGCAGAUUAUGGAUAUUAUUAUUUUUUUAGUAUUCUUCUCUGUACCUUUUGUUUGUUUGAAAUUGUUCUUCAUUGCUGCUAUUGCUCUAAGACCCUGUUGUACUUUGAAUACUUUAGUUGGGCUGUAGAUUUGUUGUUGUUUAGUCGUUUAGUCGUGUCCGACUCUUCGUGACCCCAUGGACCAGAGCACGCCAGGCGCUCCUGUCUUCCACUGCCUCCCGCAGUUUGGUCAGACUCAUGUUUGUAGCUUUGAGAACACUGUCCAACCAUCUCGUUCUCUGUCGUCCCCUUCUCCUUGUGCCCUCCAUCUUUCCCAACAUCAGGGUCUUCUCCAGGGAGUCUUCUCUUCUCAUGAGGUGGCCAAAGUAUUGGAGCCUCAGCUUCACGAUCUGUCCUUCCAGUGAACACUCAGCGCUAAUUUCCUUAAGAAUGGAUGCAUUUGAUCUUCUUGCAUGGGCUGUAGAUAAGAGUGCUCUAUUUCGUCAUAGUUUAAGAUUAUUUUUAUUUCUGCUCCCAUUCAGUAAAUUACUUGGUUUAUUUAAUCGAGAAACAGGGAAUCUGUGGCCCUCCAAAUGCUACUGGACUCCAACUGUCAUUAGCCCCCCGUUAGCAUAGCCAGUGGUCAGGGAUAAUAGGAGCUGUAGCCCAACAUCUGGGGGGGGGUGUUCAUCUACAUUUUACUCAGAGUAGAUUCACUGAAAUUAAUCAACUUGACUAAGUUAUGCCCAUUUAUUUUAACAAGCCCAGUUUGAAUUAAACUUAGUUGAAUACCAUUCCUAGAGAGCCAUAGGUUCUCCAUCUUUGCUUUAACUUCUCUCCCCUCACGUCCUGUUCCUUGUUCCACUUAAAUCUUUCACUUUGAAUGACAAAAGCUUAUGUGUUACAACAUACAACUGUAUAGGGAGUUUGCCAUUGAAGUUGUGGCCAAGAAAUGUAGGAAGCUUUGGCUCUUGAAGCCUGCUCCCACUCUUAUUAAUAAAAGCAAUUUGUUUAGAUCAGAGCUUUUCCAACUGCUUCUCCAAAAAUCUUCAUAUUCCCCAAAUAUGGGCUAAGGAUUCGUUCAUCUUGGUUAUGUGGAGCCUAAGUAGAUAACUUCAACGCUCAGAAUCUCACAGAAUUUUUGCAACGCUUGCCUCUGUUUCUUUAUCUACAUAGGAUAUGCAUUUUUGCUGUUCCAAGAUGAAAGCUCUGUGCAGGCUUUGAUUGAUGCAUGUAUUGAAGAGGAUGGAAAACUCUAUCUGUGUGUUUCCAGUCCCACAAUUAAAGACAAACCGGUAAGUGGAAUUGUCAGGUAUGUGUAAUUUGGAAGAAGAUGUACAAAGAAAUUGGGUGCAUAAGUGCUACAUUUUCACAAGGCAUAGGUUGGCAAUACGUGCUUUCUUUCUACGUGAGCACAUACUACCAUUAUUUUUCAAUAAAUGUGCACUUUUCUUUGGGUUGGUGUCGAGAUAAUUAUUCCAGAAUAUAGAAUAGCAGGCAUUAGGCCAAACUUGGCUAGUCUUUACUAACCUGAUUUGGGGCCAAAUCCCACAUGUUUCAUAUCUGAUCUCCAGCAUAGCCCCAUCCCCAAAGAGACCCUCCUAUACUAUGACCCACUUAAUCUAUUUUCUCACAAGCGGAGAUCUAACUCCCACUUCAGUAUGAAUCCAAACAUGUCUGCAAAUAGACUUCAAUGGGCCUUGCUAUAACUAUCAACCAGCUGACUGGAGGUUACAGCAAGAUGCUUUACAGUUGCCAUAUUAUGUCAGGUGAUUGAUGGGUGGGCACCCCCACCCACCUAUAAUCGUUGGUCUGCAUGGCAGGAGUACGGGCCACUGGCUGGAUGUGGCUCUUUAUCUGUUCUAGGGAAACGCUGAGGACUAGCCCAUUUGUCACAAGUAAUGCACUUGUGUGUGUGUGUGCGCGCACACGCACACACACACUGUGCAUCUCCCUCCCCUCAGUCCUUAACAUCUGAAUAAUUUAAUGUGUGGACAGAGGUUUGUUGUGAUGACUGAGCCAUAUCUGAGUAAAGGACAUGGUGGUUCAUCUUUCUUAGACAGAUGUGUGGACUGUGCAAGCUGCUUCCUUGAGGAGUGCCCUCUCUCCACCCUGGUAGCCUAUUGCGCUCCUGCUUCAGAAAUUCCAUAUGUGAAACCUGGCUUUGUUAUUGCUUGACUAGAUAAGAAUGAUUGCUAGGAAAGUAGCCUCUAAAAUCCCAUGGAUGUGACAUGCAGGAAACACUGUUGUUGUAGCAUCUUAAUGAUGUGCAUGCUGCAGGGCAGGGUGGUGGUGGGAUCAUUCGACUGUCAACUUGAAUUGUGAGUGGUAAAGUCUUAUCUUCUGCUUGUAGGUUCAAAUCCGGCCUUGGAAUCUUAGUGAUAGUGACUUUGUGAUGGAUGGCUCACAGCCUCUAGACCCGCGGAAAACCAUUUUUGUAGGAGGAGUUCCACGACCCUUACGGGCAGGUAUGGUAUGCAAAAACAAGUGCAGUGGCUCGUUGAUUCUAUCCAAGCUGCCUUACUGCUGUGAGAGAACAUUGUGUCCUUAUUUCUAUUGUAGAAGUAUGCCAGUGCUUGCUAAAUUUAACUUUUGCUGACACUCCAAUUAUUUCCAGAUAGAAGAGUACAAAUAAACAUGCUUUUGCCCAGGGUCUAGAAGAGAAGUUAUGUAUAUAAAAUAUCUGGGUAAAUCGUUUGUUACUACUUUAUUUUAGUGGAGCUUGCAAUGAUAAUGGACCGGCUGUAUGGAGGAGUUUGCUAUGCUGGAAUUGACACAGAUCCUGAGCUGAAGUACCCAAAAGGAGCUGGGCGUGUUGCAUUUUCUAAUCAACAGAGUUACAUAGCUGCUAUCAGUGCCCGCUUUGUUCAGCUGCAACAUGGAGAGAUAGAUAAACGGGUAAGGGCUAGAGCACAUUCUGUGUAUUACUCAGCAUUAUUUCAUGGGUUUAUUUCCAUAUAAGUGCCCGUGUGUGGCAGGUGAAAAUGUUGUAUUAAAUGGAAAAUAUUCUCUUCCCUGUAUUCCUAGCAUACAUGCAUAAAAAAGCCAUACCACACACAAAAAAGCUAUACCACAAAGCCCCUCCAUCAUCCCAGAGAUCCGGAGGUGGGGGGAUCUAGUUUAACAUUGGCUUUUUAAUGCCUUCUGGCACCUUCUAAAACUGUUGUUCCCUUCAGAGAAAUUUCCUGUAGCACAGCAUAAGCCUGUCUUCCUAAUGUUAUCCUGUUACCUCUGCAUGACUUGCUUUGCUGUUGGCCUCUUUUUCACCCCUGCCUAUGUGCUGGAAGUAGAAUGGUCAAUUGGUUUAUGACAGUAGAAUGCAAACUGCUGCACUAUUUGCAUUCAUUUCUACAGAAUUUGUGUGAGUCUCUCUGAGUCCUGUUUUAAUUCAGUGCAGGUUACACAGCAACAAUAUGCAAUCAUCAUUUUAUGUUGAUGUUAGUGCUGGCUUCUUAAUAACAUAUGUUCACAGCACAUGCCAACAAAAGCAAAAAUAGCUUUGCCACAAAUGUCCAUAUUUCCCUGUACGUAGCUCAUUGUCAUCCUUCCUUCAUUCGCCAAACCUUUAUUAGGCAUUACAAAUAUAGGCCAUUAUAACAUCCACAUAUAAAAUUUUAAAAUAUAUACAAAUAAACAGCCAUGUAAAAAUAUGUAAUAAUGAGAAUUUUCGUUGGAGUUUCUUCCUGCUAAAUAGUGCUAUUCACCACCCUGAGAGAUACUAUUGAUAAAAACUCAGCCACCCUUGCGGUUACUUCCGGGUUAAUGUCGGACAGGUAUUUUCUGAUAUUUUCAUUGUGCUGUGUCAUUCACAUGGUGAGGAAGAAAGAGUUAGGAUUAAGGAACAGGCAGUAUUUUGUUGUGGUGUAAGAUCUUGUGAGCCAGCUCUGUCACUGUUGUAUUGUUUUACUGUUUCUUAGCCAUUUUACAUGUUUUCUUCCGGGGUUUUGUGACUCAGCAAUUUGCAAACCAUGAUUUACUUGAUUGGAUUUUUAGGGAGAAAAAGCAAAUUGUGCAUAUUGAUUUGUGGUGGCUGGUCCUUCUCCGAGUUUAGAAGAGCUGUCAUGUUUCAAUUUCUCAUACACAGUAAUGGCAUACAGGUUAGAUUUACUGUUGCUAGCAAAAGGUACCUGAAAUCUGAGCAGGAAAUGAAAACAUUCCUGUCCAUGUCCUCCAGCAGAUUUAGGCAUAUGCAGAUCCUUUCUAGACUGAGUCCCCUUUGCAGAAAAGCCGUCCCCCUUGCUGGAUUUCCAUGUCCAGAAUCUGCAUCUGUGUGUGCACUUCCCCCUUGGGGAAUGGAGCCACAGAUGCAAGUCAAACUCGCCACUUUUGCACAAUCAGAUCCCAAUUUAAUAAACUAGGAUAUGUCCUUUGCUGUCACUUUGUUCUACUCUUCACAUGAGUGGCAAAAACAGACCAUGGUUUCCUGUUACAUGUGAAGCAGGGACUAUGACUAAUGACUUCCAAACAAGCCAGAUUUGCAAGACAGCUUCCUAUGCAGCCACUGUCAGUUUUAACAGCACCAGUCAUCUAAGAGGAGUCCCCCCCCCCGAGGGAGGAAAUCUAAAUUUAGACCCCUUCAGUAGGGGCUACCACAGUUGGUGAUAGCAGUGACACCCAUUUGUUUGGCAAAUCCAGACAAUCAGUGUGUACUGUAGUCAGUGAAGAUAUCUGGAUCAUGUUGUGCCUCUCUUUUUGUGUGAAAAUCUAGACUUUGACAUUUGUAAGCAUUUAAUGUUCUCUCAACCACACACACACACACACACACACACGUUUUUAUAAAACUCAAUUUAAAGCAAAUAUCACUACAGCCUCUGAAAUAUAUUUCUGUCUAAAACAUAUUCAAUGAAAUAAGGAGUUGUUUAUUCACACUUCUUAACAUUGGUUAGGAAACAGUGCUGUUCAACAUUCAAAUAUUUUUAAAAUCCUUGAAACGGUGCAAAAAGACAAGAUGACACAAGAUCCAUGAUUGGACUGACCCCCCUUUUAAUAGUAAAUUUAGUUGGUGGAAGGAACUGAAUCAGGCAGUGGAGGGAACAUUGGUUUUUUUAAGCAUCUCUUCCCCUCCCUAUUUGCAUGAGUGGACUGGCGGACAUUCGUUAACUAGAGGAAUUAUCCUGUUAACCGAAUGUCUGCCAGUCCACUCUUCAAACAGAAAUUCAUGGUAAGACCAAUUUCCUUCCUUUUCCCACUUCAGAUUGUCCCCCUAAUACUACCAUCAGCCUGACAUAUGGUUACUGUAUGUUUUGCUCUGCAUGGCAAAUAAUCCAAAUUGCCCCCCCACUCCACUCCAUAGCUAUUAAGAAAGUGGGGGUGGGGGGAGAAUUAAAGCCUUUUUUCCCUGUGCUGUAUUUCAGAUCCAAAUCAGGCCUUUUAAAAUAAAACCAACAAUCCUGGAGAGAUCCAAUCACAGAUAUCCCUUCUUGUGUUGUUUCCAUGGUCUCUUCCCAGUAGUGAGGCUUAAGCAAAUAUUAAAUGGUUUUAUUUCAGCAAAACUCCUCAAUCACUUGUUCUUAUGGGGCACCUCAGUAUCUUUAAUUAAAAAAUACUUUCACAUGUUCAAAAUUGACUUGACAUGCUGCCAGUUAGGAACAAAUACUUUUUUAACCAGCAACACAGAACUCCCCCAAUAUGAUACUUCGAUCAAACAUUUCAGCACAAUCAAAAUCCCCUUUCCUUUCUCCCUUGCCAAAUUAUUGCCUUACACAUCACUUACAUAAUGGUGUGUCUUGUAUAAAACGAAACAAAUUCUUAACAUGUGCAAGCAUCCUAAGAAUUACUGGGGGGGGAAACUUCUGUAGGUUUGCAUGCUGCCAAAGAUAUGGUGAUGACCACUAGCCUGGAUUGCUUUAAAAGAGGGUUCGGCAAAUUGAUAGAUAACUUUAAGCAUCAAUUAGUAAAAUAUUUUUUAUUAAUAAUAAUAAUAGCAGUAGCAGUUGUAUUUUCACCCUGCUCUUCCUCCAAGGAUCUCAGGGCAACAUAUAUGCUUCCUCUCUCGCACCCUCAAUUUUAUCCUCACAGCAUCCCUGUGAGCUAGGUUAGACUCAAAGAAGAUGACUUGUGCACAAUUACUCAGUAAGCUUUAUGCCUCAGUGGAAAUUUGAAACCAUCUCUCUGAGGAUCUAGUCUAGAACUCUGACCACUGUGUCACACUCCACAUUCAGAGACCUACAGGUAUAGGACAGUAUACAAAUUUUAAUAAUAGUAAUAAAAUAACCUUCAUAAUUAAUAAACAACUUAGGAAAACCAAAUUACUGGUGGACAUAUAACAAGGGAAAGCUAUAGCUUUCCUGUCCUGUUUGUAGGUUUCUUGGAGGUAUCUGGUUAUCCAUUGCUGGCAACAGGAUGCCCGGCUAGUUGGAUCCUUGCUCUGCUCCAAUUGAGGUUUUCUUAAGGCACAGUGGAAUAUUCAUUGAGGCAUCUGUAUUAACAGUUAGAUUGCAGUAAUCUACACAGAAGACACUCUAGCAGUGUAAACUUUCUCUCUCCUUCUUUUAACACAGGUGGAAGUUAAGCCAUAUGUCUUGGAUGAUCAGCUGUGUGAUGAAUGUCAGGGGGCCCGUUGUGGUGGAAAAUUCGCUCCAUUUUUCUGUGCUAACGUUACCUGUCUGCAGUAUUACUGUGAAUAUUGCUGGGCUGCUAUCCAUUCACGUGCUGGCAGGGAAUUCCACAAGCCCCUGGUGAAAGAGGGAGGAGAUCGCCCGAGACAUAUUUCAUUCCGCUGGAAUUAA